AUGGAGCCUGUUGAGACACUUUUAAGUUCCAACCUAUCCCUUUAAAAACUUUCUUAUUGGUGAACUGGCUUUGUCAGUCAAAGAGAGCUGAAGAAUCAAUUGAAGGACAUGGAAUGAUAUGCUACUAGGCCUUGAUUUUGAUAGGUUGGGCUUGCUUAAUUGAUGCACCAACAAUCCAUUCUUCACAGAGGAUGAUGAGAACAUUUGUGGAGCACAGCGGUAUCAGCCAACACAUCCAGUUCUGAUUCAAGUGCCCUGCUCCAUUUCAGGGAUUUAGAAAUGAGAUUAAAUUAGCCCACAAAUGUGCCUAACGCUUACCUGGGAGUAAGUCCCAUAGAAUUCUAUAGGGCUUCAUUCUGAGUGUGCAUGCACAGCAUCAUGGUAUGCAUUCUUUAAUUUAACCUCCAUCAAUGUGUUUUCUGCAUCUAUGCCCUAAGGCAGAGGUUUUCAGUCUUUUUGAGUCCACAGCUCCCUUUACCAAUCACAUUUUUUCUGUGGGUCCCCAGUGGGAUACAGGGGAAACCCCACUUAACACUGGGACUUGGAUUUGAAGGUUGCUAUGUUCUAACCCCAAUAGGCUUCACUGGAAAUCAAUGACACUGUCUGCCGUAACCAUCAGUUUCAAUGGGCUUACACUGAGUAAAAUUAACACUGGCAACAACCCUAUAGAAUAUAUAAUAUGAUAUGAUACGAUUAAUAUAAUUAAUAUAAUAUAAUAUAUAAUCUGGCUCAGGGAAGACCCAUUGGAAGCCAGUGACCCCCUGAGUCAACCACACCAAUCAAUUUUAGUAGGUCUCUUGGGUAUUAUUACUAUUGCAGUUUAUUGCCCAUCCAUUACCCACCUAUUUUAAUGGGUUUCCUCUUGAGCAGGACCCAACGUUGCCUACAACCCAAUAAUGAUGAAGAUGGGUUUCCCCAGCAAAGGCCUACUCAGGAGUAGAAUCCACUGGGGUCAACGGGUCCAGGUUGCUCCACUAUCUUUCAACAGAGACAGCUUUGGCAGGAAGAAGUCACCCCAGGGUGCCACAGCACACUGGUUGAAAACCUAGGCCCUAAGAAGUAGGUCACACAAAAAACCAACCACAGCAAAAGCAAAGAGAGAGAGAGAGAGAGAUACGGACACCCUAAUAAGUGUCUGUGAGAGGGGAGGUCAUUUUAUCCUUUCCUAACUUCCUAUUGAACCUGCCCUGAGGAGUAGAAUCUUACUGCAUAAUCUGGAAAAUGAGUAUUGGCAGUGCAUAGGUUCUAUCCCCAGUUACAAUUGUGACCCUGAAAAUUUAGGGAGGAAAUACAAAAUUCCUUACAAAGCGGGUAAAAACAAUUAUAACUUUUAUUUUUAAAAACUCCAUUGCUUUCAAAUGGGAACCUGAGAGGGCCAGUGCAAUAAAUUGUACUUUUAUUUGCUUGCACAGAGUCUGCAACAUAGAGAUACCUGUUGGGCAAAGCAAUAUAUUAAUACACCAAAUUGCAAUGGCACCUGUGUGCCUUUUAUUAUUAACUAUAAAUGCAAAAACGAAGAGGAUUUUCCCAUAGAGACCGAUUGCCACUCUGAUUCCAUAGGGGGGGGGGGGAGAUAUCCACCAUCUGAUGCUUCGCUUUCUUACCCGAAGACGUGAUUGUCCCUCAACUAACUCUAUGACAGAAGAAAAGGGGCGGGGAGAAGGGGAAUGACGAAGGAGGCGUGUCUUAAGCCGGGUGCGAUGAGGUUGAAGGAUCCUUUGAGACCCGCCCUCUGUUUGUUCUUAUUGGCCUAUUCCUCCCCUUCCCCCUACACUGACCUCACCCUUUAGAACUUCCCAUUGGCCGCAUCCCGCUGCCUAUCAAGCAAAAUCGGCGGAUUAGAAUAUCACGUGAGGGGGCGCGCCUCGAACCGGCACGCAGAUAGGCGAGGCGAAAAGAGGAGGGGCGUGGCUUGAUCGGAGAGGGGCGGGGCCUGGAAGGGGAAAGCAGUGACGGCGGAGAGGAAAAACAGAAGGGGGCGUGGCGCCGCGGAGCCAGCGGAUAGGCUGCGGUCGGCAAGUGGGCGGGGAGAGCAGCCGGCGGCGUCGCAAGCGAGAGAGGCCAGAGGGGGCGUGGCCCGAGGCUGGAAGCCGAUCGCCCGCCUUUUUCUCCCCUUUGCCCUUCCCCGCGCACGCGCGCUGGCACCCGGGGCCUUUCCUCCCGCCUCCUGUCAGCGGCCACCUGAGGGAGCCUCCUCCCCUCCCCCACCGCGCUUCCCUCCCCUCAGCCGGGCCAAGCCGGGCCUUGCCUCGCUGAGGAGGGAGGAGGACGAGCGAGGAGGAGGAGGAGGAGGAGGCCGGCGGCGGCGGCGGCGGCGAAGGAGGAGGCCCUCGGGAGGAAAAGCUGAGGUAAAGUCCGCGGGGCCUCGUUCGGGGGCUUCGAGGGGAGGGCGAAGAAAGAAGUUCCUGCCUGAGGGGGGAUUUUUUUUGGGGGGGGGAUCCCCACCCCCACCGCACAAACACCCACCGCGUGUCACUUAGGGGGAAGGGAGAGCAAACGGAAAGGGGCGGAUUUCUAAUAUUUUAAUUAUUUUAAUAUUAUUUCUUAAAUUUCCAUAUCCCGCCCUUCCUCCCAAAGGAGCCCCCACAUUUUCCUGCCGCCUUUUCUGUCACGCGAGGGCGCAGUGUGGGGGAGGGGAGAGCAUAGGUGUGGGGCGUGGGCGCUUUUUCUGGGGGUCCUGGGGGGGGUGCGGUACUGGCACCUUUUUCCCCCAAAAAGAAAAGCACUAUGUAUAUAUAAUAUUAUACAUGUAUGUAUGUAUGUCUGACAGGCCAGUGUGAGUAUUCAUAGAAUUUUUUAGAGUUGGAAAGGGACCCUGAGGAUCAUCUAGCCCAACCCCCUCAAGGCAGGAAUAGGCAGCUGUCCCUACGUGGCCUUAUCAGCACCACGCUCGAACCGGGAGCCAUGUAAACAUGUGUGUGUGUUUUCGAGCUGGUUUUGUUGGUUAAGGGGCAGAAAGCAGGGGGUGGGGUUUUUGGGGGGGGGGGUUCGAGAGGUUGAGCAGAGGGAGUUUUUUGGGUUGGGUUUGGAGGGGUUGAGGAGAGAAAUCUGGGGAAGCGUUUGGAGUUUAGGGGGCGUUCAGGUUUUGCGGCUGAGUAGAAGUUUGUUUGGGGGUGUUUGAGGGGCCGAGAAGCAGGAGUUUUUUUGGGGGGGUUGAGGGGAUGAGCAGAGGGGGGUUUGUGCUAAGGUGUCAAGGGAUUUGAUAAUAGGAAGCAGUAGGGGUGUGCAAUGGAAAGAAGUUUGGUUGGGUGGUUUAGGUUCAGGGGGAGCAAUAAUAAUAAUAAUAAUAAUAAUAAUAAUAAUCUUUACCAUCAAUGGCUAACAUUCAUUCAUUUGUUCCCCACGCAUCUGACUGGGUUGCCCCAGCCACUUUGGGUAGCUUCCAACACAUAAAAUAACAUAAUAAAAUAUCAAACAUUUCAAAACUUCCUUAUACAGGGCUGCCUUCAGAUGACUUUUAAAGGUUAUAUAGUUAUUUAUCUCCUUGACAUCUAAUGGGAGGGCUUUGGAGAUGGUUUGUGGGAGGGGGGGUUCAGAGGGAUUUUGGGGGUGCUCAAAGAAUGAGCACUGAGGACAGCAUUUAACAAUAUACCACUUGAUUGUCACAAGUCUUUUAAGGGGUUUACAAGCAAUAUUAAAAUUAUCAAUAAAAGCAUUUACAGAUAAUUGAAAUUAAGAGUUAAAAAAUAAUAAUCGUGGUUCACAACAUCUAGGGAGCCCAGCAUAUGUGUCCAUCCCUGUUGUACAUUACAAUUCUAUGUAGCUUUCUGGAUCCAGACCCCAAAGUUUUUGUUCUGCAUGUAGGUGGCAGCUUAAGCAAGGAGAUGGUAAGUGUCUGGCACAUCUCCCCUCACACAUUAAGUGGGGGAAAGGAGUUGCUGAAGAAUAGGCUAUCUUUAUGUUAAGACUAUUGCAACACACUGUAUGUCGGGGCUGCUGUUCAAAAUCAUCUGGAAACCUGGUCCAAAAUGGGCCUUCUCAGUAGUUUACACACCCACACACUUAUGGAGUAACUUUCCCAUCUCUCUGGUGAUGAAGUCCUUUCUUUUGAUGUUGCUAACUGCAGCUCCCAUUGCCCCCAGCAUACAUGGCCAAUGGCCAGGGAUUAUGGGAGCUGUGGUUCAUCAACAUCUGGGGGAGGGGCAAAGAUUUCCCACCCCUGAUUCUAGGCUUUGGGUCUCCUGAACUUAUAUUAACCUUUCCCACCUUUGUUUCUUCCAGGUGUUUUGGACUACAACUCCCAGCUGCCACAGCCAGCACAGUCGGGAACCCAUCAGCCUUGACAUCAUAGAACCAGGCUGGCUAGAGCAGAUGAGAACUGUAGUCCAAAACAUCUGGAGAGCACCAGGUUGGCAAAGGCUGGCUUCAAUAAUCUGAGCCUUUGAUGUUUUUUAUUUUGUGGCAUGGGAGUUCUGUUUUGUUGUUUUUAUGUAAUUAUUCAUCCACCUCCCCUUUUAAAUGUUUUUUUUUUUUAAUUCUUUAUUAGCUCCCCCCCCUCCUUAUUUAUCACCAGCCAUCCAAAGGACUUUGUUAUGGGGUGGCAUAGAAAUAUCAAAAAAUAAACAAGGAAGAAAAGAGGUACCAAGAGUGGUGGGUGAAGAAGGAAUUUGCUUUGUACAUAUGGAGCUGACUUAGACAAAAUCUGAUCAUUGGUCUGUUUGUCUCAGUAUUUUCUGCACUGACUGGCAAUAGUUCUACAGGGUUUCACAGUCAGGUGGUAUUCCCAGCUCCUAGAGGUGCCUGCGAUUGAACUUUGGACUUUUUACAUGCAAAACAUGUGCUAUACUACUCAGCUGUGGACCUUCUAAAGAUAAUGUAAAGUUCUGAUCCUCAUGCUUAUGAACAGAGGGCUGGUUUAAAUAGGAACAUGGCUUCUACAGAGCUAGACUCAUUGGUGUAUCUAGCAUUGUCAACACUGGCUGGCAGUGACUCUCCAGGGUUUUGGACCAGGAGUCCUUUCCAGCCUUACCUGGAGAUACUGAGGAUUGUAUUUUAAUAUUCUGUUGGAAGCCGCCCAGAGUGGCUGGGGAAACCUAGCCAGAUGGGCGGGGUAUAAAUAAUAAAUUAUUAUUAUUAUUAUUAUUAUUAUUAUUAUUAUUAUUAUUAAACAUACCUUCUGCAUGAAAAACAGUUUACCACUAGGCUACAGCCCAUCUCCAAAUAUAGUUUCUAGAGAUGUGUGUGAGGAAACAUGGAGGGCUCAAUGAGAAUGCCAGGAGAGGAGAAGAGCCGGUUAGGGAAACUCGGGAAGAGGGUGAGGUUGGUGUAAUUAUACACAGGGUAGUAUGGGAAUCCACUGGGUCCAGGUGUUCCAGGAAGGAAGGGCAAGCUGAACUGAGAUCAGGGAGGUGGGAAAUCAAGAGGUACAACUAGAGGCAUGCAGGGGCUUGUUUUGUCUUAGAGAUGGAAGUUUUGCUGGUGGCAGAAGGCUGAGCAACGAAAGAGCAGCAAAGAGAAGGAAAGAACGCUCCGGGCAACAUUUUGGCUAGCUGUGUUAAGUCUCUGGCAGGAAAAAGAAAUUAAACCUUAAAAAGACAUAACAAAUGUAUUAUGGUGGAAGCUGUGAUGGACUGGAGUCUAGUGCCCUCAGAUACGUAAAGUCACUUGUCUGGUGUAUAAACCCUGCCAUAUGCGAGCAGUGUGGUGUCUAAAAGUAUGCUUGGAGUGCCGAAAGUGGACAGAGAGUUGUUCUCUCCAUCUCUCAUAACACCAGAAUUCAGGAACAUCUAAUGAAGAUGAAUCUUGGAAGAUUUAGAACAGACAAAGGAAAUAGUUUUUCAGACAGUGCAUGAUGAAACUGGAAUCCUCUCUCACAAGAAGUAGUAAUGGCUCCCAACAAGGAUGAGAUAAAUUCAUGGAGAAUAAGGCUAUCAGUUGCUACAGCCUAUGAUAACCGUACAUUACUUCCAGGAUCGGAGGCAUAAUGCAAGUUGUUUGGGAUCAGAAGUGGGAGAGUUGCUGUGGUUGCACUCAGGUCCUGCUGGAGGCUUCCCAUUGGGACAUCGUUGGACACUGUGAGAGCAGGAUGCCAAACCAGAUCAGCCACUGAACAUCAGUGCGCUUUUAAAGUUUUUAUGAGGGCUGGGGGGAAUUAAUAUAGAUCAUGACAAGCACAUUUACUUAUUUUUAUAUAUAUAAAAACCUUCAUUCCUGCCCAUCAUCAGAAGACCUCAGGGUUGGUUACAGCAACUACAUAAAUAAAACCCAAUAAUAAAAUAUCACAUAAUGUUGUCAAGUAUGCUUGUUUCUCACUACACAGGCUGAUAUUACAGUCUUCACAGAAAGGCAGGUCCUCAGCCAGCAUCUAAAGCUGAGUACAUUGCUCUAACCUGGCUCAGUCUUAAUCUCAGGGUUGUGGGUUCAAGCCCCACAAUGGGCAAAGGAUUCCUCAUGGUCUUAUCCAACUCUGCAGUACCAUGAAUGCUGCGGUCGGCCUAACUCCCAGAGGAAGUGCCUUCCACAACUGGAGCUUCUGUUGCUGAGAAGGCCCUCUGAUGGGUGACUGGUCCUCAGAUUUAACUAGUUAUAUUCGUUAAAGUGCAGUAUUCAUAUGCCAUUUAAUUACCUAGAUCUCUAAACUCUCUAAAAAAUAAUGAAAAGCAUGUAGUGGAUAAAACCUAUUAUGCAACAGAAAACUUCACUGCAAUGCAUUGCUGAAAUGGAAAGGCCAUUGCAAGAAGACCUCUCUCCUCCCAGCCAGGAGGAAGCUCCACAUAAUUGGGCCCACAGUACUGAACACACUUAAGGCUGGAACUUGCAGCAGGGCCUCCCUUGCAGAUCUUGGGUCCCCAGCAGGACAAUAUGGCGAGAUGCCCAGAUCCCAAAUUGUUAAGGGCAUUAUAUGGCAAGAAGCUACGGCUUAAAUCAGUGUAAAGUAAUUGUUACGUCAUCAGGAAGCAGUGCUGCUGUUCACACGUCCUGGCAUUGAUAGAGCAGUUGAAACUUGUAUUAAGAUAAAAACCAGAUCUAAGCUGUAUGUAGGAAGCUGCCUUAUGCUGAGCCAGAUCAACACUGACUGGCAGCUGCUCUUCAUGGUUUCAGGCAGGGGAGCUUCCCAGCCUGGGGAUUGAACCUGGGACUGACUACAUGCAAUGCAUGUUCUCUACCUCCGAGCUGCAUCUUUUCCCCCUACCCUCCCCCCCCCAGAUGAAUCCAUGGAGGGUCAGAAGAGGGGUGUCGAGCUAUGCAGGCCCACAGAAGUAAACUAGCCCCUCAAAUAUUUUACCUGGAGCCAGCCAGUAGCCCAGGUACCUAGCACAGUGGCGAGGAACCUGUGGCCCUUCAGAUCUUGCUGAACUAUCAGCUUCCAUCCAGCCCCAGGCAACAUGACCCAGUGGUUAGGGAUGACUGGAGUUGUAAUUCAGCAACAUCUGGAGGGCCACAGGUAUUUCCCACCCUUCCAAAGGGAGAAUCUGUUUCAUUCUAAGCCCAUGAGGCAGGUUGCUUGCGACAUGAUUUUUUGGGGGGACGGAUGGAUGGACUAGUGCUCUAACCACUUCACUUCACUGCCUAGGGUGGCCCAGGAAUGCAAUUCCAAUAGCCUAUGAUGGAAUGCUCAGUUAACCACCCUUCUCCCCUCCCCUACCCCACAAUUGAUUUCUGUUCCUGAAAUAGCUGGGGAAGUGAGACAUUUCCUUCCUCUUGGAUACAAUGACAGGGAUGUUAAGUCCUCAGGUGAUGAGAGAACUGCCCUACUUUUCAAAUCAUUAAGCCAGUGCUUUGUGUGUUUAUGCUGGGGGGUGGGGCCACCAAAAGCAGGGAUUUCUUAUUUUCACAUGUCAUUCCCUCCCUCCCCAAGAAAUGUGCUUUUGGAAGAAAAUGUUACAUGCUCUAGAGAUCCAUUGUGUGUGCCCCUCCCGCUUACACAGGCCAUGGUUGGGGAUUUGGGUUGAACAAUUCCUUAUAGGUUAGGAAUCAAACCUUUGCUUUCUCGUGCUCCAUUUAAAAAGUUAUUUUAGAGAUGGAGUUGCGUUGUGUUUGUGUGUGCGCCUUUGUUCUACCUUUCCAUUAUCUCCAAGACAACAGCUGUAAAAUUAGGAAGGUUGUCAGCUGUGCAAAUCUUCGGGGGGGGGGGGGAGUUUAUUAGCCCAUGCUGUGCACCCACCCAUACCUGUGCUAGACAGCUGUGGCACGUUCCCUGUGAGAAAUGUAUUUGGAGAUAUUAACCUUAGGAGACAGGGAAAAGCAACUAACACGGAAGUGUAGAAAUAAAGGGGUGUUUAUUUUUUCCUUUAUUUUUUCAUAGUACUGGGAGUCAUCGAGUAAAACAUAUCGUCCAACAUUUCUCUGAUGAAAAAAGGGAUGUCCUAUUCCAUAACAGUUAUAGUAGUAGAAAUAAUAAUAAUUAUACCCUGCCCACUUUGGGCUGCUUCCAACAUAUAUAAAAAUAUAAUAAAACAUUAAACAUUAAAAAUAACUUCCCUCUACCUCCCUUUCAGAUGUCUUCUAGGUGUUGCAUAGUUACUUAUCUCCUUGGCUCAGGGGUUGCAUAACACCCUACCCUCCAACAUUUCUCCCAUGAAAAUUGGGACAGCCAACCAUACCCUCCAACAUUUCUCUGAUGAUAAUAGGGAUCUCCUAAGGAAAAGUGGGACAUUCUGGGAUCAAAUCAGAAACCGGAACAGCGUCUAUAAAUCUGGGACUGUCCCUGGAAAACAGGGACACUUGGAGGGUCUGGUAAAACUGAAUGGAGAUAGAAUUGGAACUUAAGAACAUAGAGUUGUAUCCAAUGCUAGAAAGUAUGCAUUUUGAAAUGAAUGGAUAUGACUAAUGUAGGCCCAUUAAUUUCAGUGGGUCUGCUCUAGAGUAGAACUUAGUUGAAUGCAGCCCAAAGAAGAACUCUGCAGCUGGAUCAGGCCAAAGGAGGACCAAGCAGUCCAGAGUCCUGUUUUUAUAGUAGUGAACCGGAUGCCCCAAUAGUAAGUCCCCACAAGCAGGACCUGAGUGUGACACCAACUCUCCCCACCCAUGAUUCCCAGCUGCUAGCCAUGAGGGUUGUGUUCAGGGCCUCCUUGCUGGGAGACAGCAGUGCUUCUGAAUACCAGUUGCUGGAAGCCCCAUGAUGAUGGCGGUUACACUAAUUUAUGGAGCAAGUUAUUAGUGUCAUGCGAAUGUGAGGUCCAGUUUAAAAUAUCCAACCAGCACCUGCCACUCCCUCAAAGUUCAACAUACCGUACUUUUAACUGUCAGAAUUGCCUGGUGCAGGCUGAGAUUCCAGCAUAAAGGCGGCAGCAGGGGGAGUUAUCUAGAAACUUUUUGUGCAUGGAACUGUAUUUACUUCGAAAGCUUGCUUCCUUUUCUGUGUGUCCCCACUUCCAUUCAUUGAACAAUUGCCAAAUGUAUAAAAGCCCAUGUCAGACUGGAAGCUGCAGUCCGACUCACUGAAAUGUUUUCUUGCAAAAUUCUUUUAAAAGGGGGGUUAUGAAACACACCUUUCCUGUUUAUGUUGGGAGCGGGUGUCUUGCCACUGAAAGUGGUGAUAGCUUCUUUCUCACCCUAGUAAACACUUGGUUGUCUCCAACAAUGUCCUACUCAAGAGUAGACCCAUUGAAAUUAAUGGACAUGAACCGAGCAUGUCUGUUAUUUUCAAUGGGUCUGCUCUGAGUAGCACUAGCUUGCUGGUCAUCCUCAGAGUAGGCUCACUAAUAUUAAAGGACACGACUUACUUAGAUCCAUUCACUUCAGUGGGUCUACUCUAAUUUAGUUGGAUGCAACCUGCCUUUAAAAAUAAAACUAUUCUGAAGAAUUUCACCCACCUUAAAAACAAUGCAACUCCCCCCCCCCCCGGAGUGUUUUAUGAACUGCUAGUUUUAUAAUGACGAUCUUAACUCUGGUUAUGACCCUCAGACUACACUGCCUGAUGCUUCUCUUUGAUGGCUUUGGAUUGAUGCUGGUCUUUGCUAUAGAGAUUGUUUUCUAUAUCUUAAUGUACAAAAAACAAUCUUAACUCACUUUUGCAGGUUGCAUGGGGAGGGUGGGCCGCAUUUCAUAGCCUGCAGAAAGCAUGAUCGUUUAUAGUGUGCAUGUUCUAGAAACAUGGCUCUGUAGGGGUACAUGAGCAACAGGAGAGAAACAAGAAGUCUCUGUUCCAAUGACUUUAGCCAUUAGAAAGGUUGAUGGCAAAGGAGUGUGAGAGAGAAAUGGAGCAAUAUGAGUAUAGCACAAUGGAUGUGAACCACCGAGGCCACAUUCCCGUAAGACUUUAUUUUGUUAGGGGAAUGUACAAAGUAGUUUAUAAAGUGUGCAUGUGGGGGAAGCAAGGGUGGGAACUUCAGGCCCAUUGCACAAAAGCAGCUCCAUGCCUCUCCAUUUGGCCCUCAGGACCAACGUUAGAAAUUCACCAGGCACAUUUUGCCCCUGGCUAUUGGCCACUUGCGACCAUGUGAAGAUGCCUGGGCACAAGGAUGGCGCCUGACGUUUCCACCAUCUGGAGGUGCAUGCCUAGCGGUCCUUGGACCUGGACCUUUUUCACAAACUAGCAACACAUUCUGUAGAAUUCUAUCCAUUAUAUUUUAUCUGCACAAUCAAUGAAUUUCAGGAACCAAAAAGUCAUAUUGAAAAAUACAACUUUCAAGCUGCCUGGCCCCAAAAUGGCAACUAGUCAUUCUGUUUUGGCGAAUGUAACCCUGGUUUAAGGAGCCAUUUUGUGCCAAUCUUAUAUAUCUAAGUUUUUUUUCACUGCUCGGGACUCUACCCAGGCCAGCAUCUCUCACCAGCCUUGCCUCUUUAUCUCCUUGGGUGUUUUUGCCUGGGUAGGAGUCCUUUAAUUCUGAUAAUGCAUCUUGCUUACCUGGAUGGAGGGCAGAGGGCUGUGUGGGCGUGGGUGUAGAACACACCUAUGUGUUGUACCUAAGGUACAAAAGGUAAAAUUUGCAUUUAUUGCUCUGCCCACUUUCCCUUCUGGCUCUGCCCACCACCGCAAUGUGGCCCCUGGAAGGUUAGCCCAGGUCUUUAUUCCCAUCCAGGGACAGAGUGUGAAAUGUGGGUGAGGCAGGAUGCCAUAGGAAAAGCAGGAAGCUAAAAGAGUCACUGGAAAAAGGGAACAACUUUUUGCUUGGUGCGAAAUCUAAUUGCUGGCCACAACUUUUCCAGGACUCCCAAUUAUUUCAACUGGAAAGUGGGGUGCAGGCCAUUGCAUGCUGAGGGAAUUUCAUGUCCGUUCUAGCUCCACAGGGGCAUUCUCAGAGUUCAAGAACACAUAUCCCAACCCAAUCUGUGAGGCAGGAUAAUAGCAGGCUUGCAAAUGCCCCACACCUUGGUUACCUGUGGAAGAGCAAGAAUCAUCUCCUGCAGAACAGGUUGGGAAGCUUUAUGAGAGCCCGCUUCUGUGUCUCUUCUCUCUUUCUAACCUCUUUGACACAAGUUGUGUGUUUUUAGAAAACCAUUUUAAAAUAUGGUUAGCAGCAAAAAGAUAAAUGUGGGCUGGUGACUUAUUUGUAAGGCUGCUUAUUCCCAUUUUAAAAGAUGGAAGUGAGAACUGGGAACUAAUCCCCCCCAGAACCAAAACCAUCUACUGUUAGGGUGGGGUGUAGUGCGCAGGAUAGCUGCGUCACCUCCAGAAUUCUGCAGCACACUACUGUUCUUGUCCCCAUCAGCAGUUCAGAAAAACAGUGAGUUGUAUUUUAAUCCCAGGUGUGCAAAUCUUGCUUUGAGGUCAACAGAUUCCUUUCCCCCUCCCUCCGUCUUUCAUAUACUGUACACAAACCUAUUUAUUUAAUGUAAGUUGACUCAUCUUCUCCUUGUCAUUCCAAGUGCACCUUUCCGCAUCCACCUGAACAAGUUAUGCUAAGUGGUUUCACUUAAGAGCCCAGCUGAACAAGCCCCGCUAAAGUCUGACACCCAAGGGUGCUAAUUCUCCAAUGAAUACAUAGAUAGGCAAUCCUUUUAAGUCAGGGAUUUGGGGUGGGGGGGCACAUUUUUCAGUUCUAGGGCUGCAUUCCCUACUGGUAAAGUUUUUUGAGGACUCCAUACAAGUGGUGAGCAAGGCCACAGGCAAAACUGGGCAGAGCAAUGGAUGCAAAUUUAACCUUUGGGCAGUAGGCUGGUUUCUGCUCACCCACACCUUUCUCUCCAUCCUCCAUCAAGGCAAGCAAAGAGGCUUUAUCACAAAGGCACAGUGCGGUCAAAGCAAAACACCCAAGGACGGUCUGAAGCAGGAGCUAUGACAGGAUGAUGCAGGGUGCCAACUUGAAUCAAAUAUUGGGGGGCCCAGGUAAGCCCCACCCUGCAUAAUCGAUCACAUGACGCGGUGCACACACACCAUUUGAAUGGCAAUGCUCAUCAACUUUGGGGGAGGGGCAGCACCCUCAAACAUUUUAUUGUGGGGGGAGACCUCUCAGACCAUAGCAGUUGGCUCCUAUGGGGUGAUGUAUCGGGAGAGUUUUGAGGGCCAGGUAAGCUGGAGGGCUGAAUUCUGUCCAUGGACCUGAGGCUCCCCAACCACCCUUUAAAUGUGUUUUCCUUUUGAAAAACCAAAAAAGCAAAACUUAGAUCCUAAUAGGAUUCAGUACACGAGUGAUUUCCAUGCCAGAGCUUGAAAAAGACAACUGCCAUUUUGAAAGCAUCAUCUCCUUUGUGGAGCAGGGAGAUCCCAAAGAGCACUGGUCCUUCUGUUGUUGUUGUUGUUGUUAAAAAUUGUAUACAACCCUACAUCUGAGACUCACAGGGUGGUUUAUAAUACACCUCUCUGCCGUGGGCAGGGCUUUCAGUCUGGGUGAUGGGCAAGGAAUAAUAAUAAUAAUUUUAUUAUUUGUACCCCGUCCAUCUGACUGGGUUGCCCCAGCCACUCUGGGCAGCUUCCGACAUACAUAAAAACAUAACUAAACAUUAACAAAUUCCCAAUACAGGGCUGCCUUCAGGUGUUUUCUAAAGGUUGUAUAGUUACUUAUCUUCUUCACUUCUGAUGGGAGAGCAUUCCAUAGGGUGGGCGCCACUACCAAGAAGACCCUCUGCCUGGUUCCCUACAACUUCACUUCUCACAGUGUGGGGACUGCCAGAAGGUCCUUGGAGAUCAAUCUCAUAGCUCUGUGAUAGAUUUUCUGCUUUGCAUGUAGAAAAUUCUGUCCCUGGCAUCUGCAGGCAUGACAGGGAAGAGACCCGUGGAGAGCUGCUGCCAGUCAGUGUGGACAACACUAAGCUCAAUGGACCAAUGAUCUGACUCACUGUUAAGGUUUCUUCCUAUGUUCCUAACUGAAUGCCAGACUACAUGGGCCUUUGGUGUAAUCCAGCAGGGCUCUUCUUAUUUUAAAAUCACCAUCUCCGCUGUAUGGAUGGUUCCUAUGCACAAACCUCUUCUCAUUCCCCUGCUCUUCUGUCAUUGUAUUGUUUGCCAUGUGCUGAAAUAUUCCUGUGCUUCAUUAUAAUGAUUUUUUUAAAAAAAAGUUCUGGUCUGUGUAGAUCAGAGGUACACACCAGCUUGGUACCAUGCAGAUUUUGUUGGCCACUGUGAAAAAAGGAUGCUGGAAGGCAGGACUUGAACCCAUGGCUUCAAGUGACAAGAAAGAAGAUUCUGACUCAACUUCUGGAAUAACUUUCUGACAGUGGAACAGUCUCCCUCGGGAGAUUGGGUGGCCAUCUGUCCUGGAUGCUUUAGCUGAGAUUCCUGCAUUGCAGGGGGUUGGACUAGAUGGCCCUUGGGGUCCCUUCCAACUCAACAAUUCUAUGACUGGAUAGGCCAUUGGCUCAAUCCAGCAGGGCUCUUCUUACAUUCCUCGUUCUUGGCAAUCAGCAUGGCCCAAUGGUCAGAGAUGAUGAUAGCAGAAGUAUAUUCCAACAACAUUUGAAAGGCAUUACAUUGGCUAACCCUAGGGGAGGUGACUAGCCUUCACACAGCCUACCAGGCAGACAGGUAUACCUUGAACUGCUCCCCCUUUCUUCCCUCGCUCUCAAAACGGUGUGCAAUCUCUGGCCUGUCUCAAGAGAACACACUCUGUGUGUGUUCGUGUGUGUGUGUGUGUGCGCGCGCGUGCACACACACACACACACACAUUAAUAUUUAGGAAAGCAGAUGAUGUAACCCUUGCUAUUUCUGUCGCCACUAUCCUUAGCUGGAAGGAACCUAAAGGGAAACCACUCCACGUUUUGUUCAUUUUAAAAUAUUAGCAGUAUUUAACUUAGGCCCUCCUCGCCUGACCCAACAUGCUUGCUUCCUCUUCCAAGGCCCUGGAAUCAGAACAUUAAUAGUUAAACAAAUGUGAACAUGUAGGCCUGUGAUUUGUGACUUGGCGUUGUUGUCUCCAUGCCUCACCGUUGUGAAAUGGCAUUAACAUAGUUUAUUAGGCCUGCUUCCAGAGGGACUGUCUUUGUUCCCAUAUUUGCAAGAGGUUGUACUGUAUGUUCUGCUUUGCAUGCAAAAGGUCCCAGGUUUAAUUCCAGGAAUUUCCAGGUAGGACUCUGAGACACUCCUAUCUUUUAAAAAAAACAAAACCAUGGGGACUGAAAUCUUACUACAUCUUUGAAAUUAUCCAUAGGUUAUGUUGUUCUUAACACUGCCUGCUAUUAGUUGCAAACCUAUUAUUCAGACAGCAACAAGGUCAGGGAGAUCACAUGCACCUCACCAUUAGCUUCCAUUGGGGAUGCGGGGCAAUAGUCAGGGAUGAUGACAGCUAGAGUCUAGUAAUACUACUAAUACUAAUACUAAUUUAUUUGUACCUGACCCAUCUGACUGGGUUGCCCCAGCCACUCUCAGUAACUUCCAGCAGAAUGUAAAAAUACAAUGAAACAUCAGAUAUUAAAAACUUCCCCAUACAGGGCUGCCUUCAGAUGUCUCUGGAAAGUCAUGUUUAUCUCCCUGACAUUGGGCGGGAGGGCAUUCCACAGGGCAGGUGCCACUCCCGAAAAGGCCCUCUGCCCGGUAGUUUCACAUUUUGCAAAGAGGGAACCACCAGAAGGCCCUUGGAGCUGGACCUCAGUGUCUGGGCUGAAUGAUGGGGGUGGAGACGCUCCUUCAGAUAUACAGGGCCAAGGCUGUUUAGGGCUUUAAAGGUCAACACCAACACUUUGAAUUGUGCUUGGAAACAUACUGGGAGCCAGUGCAGAACAACGGAAGCAGUUGCCAAACAGGUCACUCUGUAGUAGCCCCUAAGCUGUGGAACCCCCUCUCUACAGAGGUGAGCAUGGCACCUUAAAUUGUAUGGAAUCCGAACUGUAGAGUUGGAAGGGACCCUGAGGGUCAUCUAAUCCAAACCCCUGCAAUGCAAGAAUCUCAGCUAAAGGCCAUUCAACCUCUGCUUAAAAACAUCCAAGGAAGGAAAGUACUUUACUGUAUGCUGAAAACACACCUUUUUAACCCUCACCUUUGACACCCUAAUUUGUUCCUCUGAAUUUCAGUUCCUGGGAAUCACAAGUGAAGAGAUACUGUUGCACUUGUGUCCUGCUUGUGUUUUUUCCCCAAAAGCGGCAUCUGGUUGGUCACUUUGAGAACAGGAUCAUAUGCUAGAUGGCCUAUUGCCCUGAGCAGCAGGGCUCUUCUUGUGUCGCUAUAUUUUAGGCCCCACCCUAUCCUUCCUGAUUGUAAAUUCUUUAAACAAUUUCAAUAUUGUCUUUAUACAUUGCUGUAACCUGCCCCAGCAUCUUAUGGGGAAGAGUAGUAUCGAGUGCUAGCCCUACUCACAACAGACAUGCUGAAAUUAAAAGACCAAAGUGAGUCAUGCCCAUCAAUUGCAGCAGGUCUACUCUAAGCAGGACUGAUAUUGGGCUUUAUUUCUUGGCCACUCUGACCUUAAACUUUGCACGUGGUCACCUGUUUACGGUGCACUAUCUCCAAACUCCCUCUUAAAAUGCCAUAGGACUGGGCAGUGUCUUCUGUAGCAGAUUCCUGUUUCAACUUAUAGGAUCUGCCCUCCUGUUGAGAAUUUUAGGUUUAAGAAAGCUGGCCAUGUUUCCCUGGCAAAAUAUAAGAAAACGAAAAAGGUCUUCCUCUAUUCCAUUUGUUUAGGUGAAGAAGGAAAAAAAAGACAGUAGAUAGCCAUUGUCCCUUCGGACCCACCCUGCUCCUACAAACUCACCAGGGAGUAUAAUUAAUGGAGCACAGCUGAUGCCCUCCAUUCUUCAAACACAGUGUUACCUUAAAGGCACACCCCAGAACGUGACACCUAAAAGACCUUGGAAUGCUGACAGCCAUCAUGGCCAGCCUCAGCCUCAUGACCAGCCAGACCACACCUUUUCACCUGCUUUGCAUUCCAGGUUUUAUUGUGUUCACCGAAGGGUAGUUGGUGUAAGGGCUGGGCGUGUUGCCUCUGCACUUGCCUCUGGUGUAGACUUGAAAUCUCAUCCUCAAAGAUGGGGCAGGGGAGCUGUAGUGGGCACAAGAGAUUGGAUGGAAGUUAUUAAUACCGUAUUUACUCAAAUCUAAUCUCAUUUGGCCAAAUUACGCUGCGAAAAUUAAGGUGCACAUUAGAUUCGAUGGCACAUUUGCAUUCGCCAGCAAAUACCUUUUUUGGUUUCAAGGUUCUGAAAAUUGAGGUGUGCAUUAGAUCCGAGGGCACAUUAGACUCAAAUAAAUAUGGUAACCUUAAAGAGACUUAAAAGUUGCUGAUGGAAGAAGCCUAAGAGCUGCAGCCCACAAGAGACUGGAGCAGGGUCCACCACUGUGCAAGCCUUGCAUCCAAAGUUGUACUCACAAGUAGACCCACCGAGUAGUACCUUCUACACAGGGCAGACCCACCGAGAUGAAUGGACCUGUGUUGGUUAUGUCAAUUUCAACAGUUCUAAUUUCUGGGUAGAAUUAGCAUUAGAUACAGCCCACUGAAAUGAAAGAACAUGACUAGAUUGGGCCCAUUCAUUUCAGUGGCUCUACUGUUGAGUAGAACAAUGCUUUUCAUGCAGCCAAUUCCUGGAGUCUCUCCUUCUAAAUAAAAGAUGGGGUGGGGUGCUUCUGCCUGCGACCCCUGGAAGGCACUGCCAGUAGCAGUAGACGGAGGUGGCUGGUGUGUGUGCCCCCCACCCCAGUGGCUUGAACCUGGGACCUCCUGCAUACAAAGCAGGUGCCCAACUGCUCCCCCAAAAACAAAAUUACAGUCCUCCUGCUCUGAAUCAAGCACUGGUUUUAACGGGGAACACAAAGGAAACCUGCCUUAUGAUGGCUGUGGCUGAUUGAAGUUUGGAGCCCAGCAGUGAUUGGAGGCCUCAAGGGGUUUGGCCAUAGGUGCUUCUUUAUAGCUCUCAUUUUAACCCAGAUUGUGAAUGCCCCAAUUUCGCGGAAACUGUACCGAGCAAUUGGGGUGGAGUGGGUGGGAGAACCAUAGAACUGCAUAGCUGCGAGGGGCUUCGAGGGUCGCCUAGCCCAACUCCAUGCCAUGCAAGAAUCUUUUGCCCUACGUGGGGCUCGAACCCACGACCCGCAGAGUCAGACUCUACCGACUGAGCUACCCUGUCCCUCGCAUUAGGCCCCAACCCAAAUGCCAGAAAGGCGAGAGCUGGCUUUCAACUCCGCAGCGUCAGCGGAGAGCUCCGGAGCACCUGGAAGCUUGCUGACAGUUUAGUCGGCCGGCCCCGAUAAAGGGAUUACCGUUCCGGCCGCGGCCGCCCUUCUUCCCGAGUAAACGCAGCAAGCAAAGUCGUGUCGUCAGCACCCCUGGGCCUCGCAAAGCGCCAGGCAGCUGCGAGUCCCGGGCGGCCGUCAUUCUCCAGGUCCAACAACAAGCGCUCUCUGGCACCGACGCCCUAGCGAGGCUGGGCGGCUUCUCCUCUUCCUCCCCCAGCAUGCAAAGCCCCAUCGGAUGUAGCAGUAGCAGCCGCCUCCUCUUCCCUCCCCGGAGUGGGACACGCAGAAAGAAGCCCCUGCCUCUAUAUCGGCACAUACCCAGACUUGGUUUGCGGCGGUCCAGCCUCUCCACGUGGCCCCAAAGAGAAAGAGGAACACCAAAAAAGUGGGGGACCACCCCCGUUGCAUCCUGAGCCAUCCCCCCUUCCUUCCCUGCCCCGAUCUCCAAGCCGGUCCUUCGCUGCGCUCUCUCUUUGCGCCUAUCUCCUGCCCGAGUCUCCUCGUUGCGCGCGCGCUCUUCCAGCCGUUCCAUUUUGCGCAAAGUUUUGAGAGCGGAGUUGGCGAGGGCGGGCGGAGAAAAAGGAAGGAGAUGGCAGAGGCGGAGUUUGCCUGCUGCCAUCUAAUUAAGAGCUUGGCCGGGGGAGGGAAGAGAGGAAGAGGAAGAUCGGAGGAGGAGGAUUCAAGAGCCAAGUGGGCCGGCGGCGGGCGGUGCGCGCAUGCUCGCGCCCAGCGACUCCAUGUGUAAAGAGCGCAUUUGGCCAACGGAGGGGGGCGAGAGCGCAGCAGGAUUUGGAGAGAGGAGGGAUCUCGCCGGCCGGUUCGAAAGAGGAGGCUGCUCUUCCUCCUCGUUUCCACCCCCCCCCCACCGCCGGUGAAGGGGGUGGACAGAAAAGGGAGGCUUUUUUAAAAAAAGAAGUGGACUUACCCGACCUUUCGAUUUGGGGGAUCGUUUAAGCGGCUUUGUAAGUGCGUCUCUUUAAAAGUUGGGGGUUUUUCCCCUUUGGGGUGGGGGAGGAGGAGCGAGGCGGUGGAAGUGGGAUUCCUGCGGCCUCUAGAGGAGUGGGGCACGAGCAGAGUGGGGCUGGGGCUGGGGCUGGAAGCCUCCUUAUCUCGCCGGCCUCGCUGGAUUGGGAGUUUGCUGCCCCUCCCGGCCCCUUCGCCUGGCAGGGUGGGGGAGGCGUGAGAUUUUGCUUACUCGACUUCCUGGCAAAUCGUCUUCCGAACCUUCGACGGGUUAAGCAGCUGGCGAAGAACUUUUUCUUUUUCAAAAAGGUUUCGUGUUCAUAAAAACUCGCAAGAAAGUGGGUUUUUCUCCUUUCUUUGGCGUGCUUCACCGAGGAUGGAAGGGGCGGCGGGGGGGGGGGAGGACAGAGAGAGAGACAGGAAGCUGGAACUUAGGUUUUGGAGGAGGCUUCCUCUUGACAAGAUACACUUUUAUUUCCACGAGAAGUAGUUUCAAAACUACUCCACUCUAUAAUAGCCAGACUCGCCGGGUUCUGUAGCAUUAUCUGAUAAAAACACCCACCGCGGCCUUUUGGGUGGGAAGGAGGAAAAAAGCUUGUUUCAAAAAGUUAGAGCCCUGUUUUGUCCUCUUUCCCCGGCCUUGCUUCUUCACUUCCUCUUCCUCCUCCUGCCACCAUCCCGCACUCCCUCCUUUCCCUCCCAGUUUGGGAAGAAGAGAGAGAGAGAGAGACUGGAGUGGAGUGGGGGCGGGGAGGCAGAGGGCGGCCGGAGCACUUAAAUACAAAGCAUGGUUUAGAAAAUAACUCCCCUCUGCCACCCGCCCCCCCCAAAACACAGUUUUAUUGAGUGUGGGGAGGGAGAGAACUUCGGAGGGGAGCUUAGGAGACAGGUCAGUGGGGCUUCUGGGGCGUCUGAAAUGGCUUCCUGACUUUGAAUGAGCAGGCCACUGGCUUUAUUGGGCGUGGGGGGGGGGGACAUGGAGAGGGGGAAAAAAUUCGGAGGGGAGGGGAGCUUGAGGACAUAAUUGCGUCUUCUCUUAGCACCUAAACCUGGCAGGUCGCCAGACAGGAUUCUGUUCCAGAAUAAAAGUCCCUCCUCAAUCCUCCUGUUAGGAUGAAGAUGAUGAUGGUGGUGAUGUGCUGGAGGGGUGGGACCUAAGCUUCCCCCUGUAGCCGGAUUCGCCUUGCAGAGACCUUUUCUCACUCUUGCCUGCCCCCUCCCCCACCAGAAAUCUUGCCCCACCUCUUCCUGGAGUUUUGCAUUUAUUUAUUUAUUUUAUUUUAUUUUCCAUUGAGCUCUGUCUCUGUGACGGUUUCCUUUCCCACUCUAUGGACUGGCCACUGUUGCUUCAGGCUCUCUGGUUAGCCAGGUCUUCUUUUGCUCCAGAUGGCUGCUCUCACUCUCUGUUUAUAGGGGAGUAGUUCCUCUUCUCUACUUUCCCACACCCCCUCCAAUCUCCCUCAUCACCUUCAAAUCCUUCUCAAAAUAUCAUUCCUAAUGGGCAUCUCUUUAAGCUACAGAGAGGGAGGGAGGGGAAUGGGGGGACCUGUGGCUCCUCUCCAGGUGUUAUCGACGCCAGAAGGCCACAGAUGUUGCCCCUCUUCAGUCUGCAGAGACCCCGCUGCUGUAUAUAAACAGGGAGCUGCUUUCCAUCAGGGAAGACUCUGGUUGUUUUUGGACUAUAACUCCCAUCAUCCCUAGCUAGCAAGACCAGUGGUCAGGGAUGAUGAGAAUUGUAGUCCAAAAACAUCUGGAUACCCAAGUUUGGGAAACACUUCUCUAGCCAAAUCCACCCUAAUCUGUGAGUCAUGCAGAAUUCCAGGGGUUCCGAGUGCUUCACCAGGGUCUGCGCUUGGCCUUUGGGAAUGAGGCACAGUGGAGACACUGGUGUCUCUAGGAUAUAUGGCUUAUUUACACAGAUAUCCCGCCCGAGCCUGUAGUGGAGAGGUUCACAGCAUUAACACCCCAAAAGCGUCUUGUGUCUCCCAUAGCUGCGGCCUUGGAUUCAAGCAGAAAGCUAAACAUUGUGCUCUGCCUUUUCCCACAUCACAACCAAUUCUGAAACUCUACUUCAAAACUCUGCUUUCUCUUCAAAACUUAUUCUGAGUUGAGGGAGGGGUCCCCCCUCUUUUGCUUUCCUAAUGGCUAAUUACCUUCCUUUUGUCCAUCACCCCAGGCAAUUUCCUUGUCAGGAAAUAUAUUUUAACAUUUACCUUGAUUAAGUUCUAACUCCUGCUGGACACAGGAAUUUAGGGUGUCUUGCACCCACAAACAUAACAUUUUCCAGUGAUAUCCAACAUGCUGCCCUCCAGCUGUCUUUGAACUCGCAGCAACCACAGAAUUGUAGAGUUGGAAGGGUCCCCAGGGUCAUCUAGUCCAACCCCCUGCAAGGCAGAAAUUAUGGGCAAUGGUCAGGGAAAAUGUUGGUGUUGGGUGUUUUGGUCCAGAGGCCACAGGUGUUGUUCCCAUCUCUGGAGCAGACAGCGGGAUAUUCAUCUCCCUUAACACUAGGAGCAUGGAAAGCUGACUUAAACUAAGUCAAACUGUUGGUCCAUCUAGCUCAGUGUUGUCCACACUGAUUGGAAGCAGCUCUCUGGGGUUUCAGGAAGGGACUCUUUCCCAGCCAUCACUGGGGAUUGAACCCGAUACCUUCUGCAUGAAAAGCAGGUGCGCUGUCACUGAACUGCGGUCCUUCCCAAAGAAGAGGGGUUGCCUAAUGUGACAGGCUGGCAGUAGGUUCAAGAAGGCCUUCAGAAAAACAUUUUGGGGUAUUUCUGUAUUGCUUGAAAACCACCUUUGGAUCAUGUUGGCAUGACAGAGGGGCUUCCAGAUUUGGAGAAUGAGAUAGUGUCGGAUAUAUAAGCUAAUCACCAAAUUAGCUUAUAUAUUAAAUUAAACCUGGGUUGCAGGCACCACAGCAGUAUGUGUAGGUGCCAUUUUGCAGUGGAGUUUAUUCCUAUUAAUUUCAUUUCUUUACUGGUUUAUAUUUUAAAUAAAAAAAUCUCAAAGCUGUUUACAACAUUAAAUAAGGCAAUCUAGAAUACAACAGAUUCAAGCUUCAAGGAAAAUAUUUCGGAUCCUUCUCUAAGUGACAUUUUGCUUUCUCCAUAUUUAGUUCCCUGCUUAAUUUAUAGAGUUGCCCCAUAGCAGAAAGGACUCUAGGAAGCCUGUAGGGUAUAGUGGUUAGAGUGCUAGACUAGGACCUGAGAGAUUAGGGUUCAAAUCCCCACUCUGUCGCCGGGUGACCUUGGAGUCAGUCACGGCCUCUUCACCAACCUCACAGGGUCGUUGUAGGAAUUAACUGAGCAGGGGGGUAAACCAUGUACUCCUUGGAGAAAAAGGUGGGAGAUAAAUGCAAUAAAUGGGGACGCAGGUGGCGCUGUGGGUUAAACCACUGAGCCUAGGGCUUGCCGAUCAGAACGUUGGCGGUUCGAAUCCCUGCGACGGGGUGAGCUCCCGUUGCUCACUCCCUGCUCCUGCCAACCAAGUAGUUCGAAAGCACGUCAAAGUGCAAAUAGAUAAAUAGGUACCGCUCUGGCGGGAAGGUAAAUGGCAUUUCCGUGCGCUGCUCUGGUUUGCCAGAAGCGGCUUAGUCAUGCUGUCCACAUGACCCAGAAGCUGUACGCCGGCUCCCUCGACCAAUAAAGCGAGAUGAGCGCCGCAACCCAGAAUCGGCCACGACUGGACCUAAUGGUCAGGGGUCCCUUUACCUUUACCUUAAAUGCAAUAAAUGACCUGCUUAAGAGAGCUGGAGGUGGAGGGGCCAUUCGCCAACCUGUCAUCCAGAUAUCUCCACAUGGUCACAAAUGAACCCGUGUCAGUCGCAAAAUGUGCCUGGCGCCUGGCUAAUUUCAAGCACUGGAAAUAAAUACAGAUAAACAUGGGAUUUAUGUUGCCAUAAAACAGCAUAAGGUGGAUGGCUAAUCUGGGUGGAAGGCAUGACCAGUGGUCAGGGUAAUGAGAGCUGGAGUCCAGACACUUCUGAAGGGGCCCUAUAGAUGUUCCCCAUCCCUGCUGCUGGGAAUCAGCAUUCCCUACCGCAUGCAAGAGAUGGAAGAAUGCCUCUAUUUAAAAGAGGCAUUCUCUCCAGAAGAGCAGGGGAUGCCUCUUAAAUCAAAUGGGGAAUCUGUCACCCUCCUGAUGUUGGGCUCCAGUGUUAGAAACUCAGAUAUAUAAGCUAGGUGCCAAAAGGCUCCUUAAACCAUUUGCCAAAACUUUGUCUACUUGCUGUUGUGGUUCAAGAUUGCUCUCGUGUCUUAUUUUUCCAGUGAUGGGACUGACUGAUUGAUUCUCAGUCAAACAUCUGGCUAGUUCAGAUGACAACCUUGAGCUAGGUUGAGAACUUUGAGAACUUAAAGAAGAAAAGUCACUUGAUCCAGGGAUUGUCUGCCUAUCUAUUGGCCUAUUCCUACUUCUUUUUCUUAAUGGUAACAGGAACCAUUCAUAACCUAGGAAUAUUCUUCCCAACUGUGAGCAGGGCAGUGGGGUAAGAGAAAACAAGCAACAAUUCACUAAACCGCUGUUUCCUGCUCAGGCUGCACAGAAAAAGCACUUUGGUUCCUGAAAUAUAUUCUGAUUGUACAGAUAAAAUAGAUAGAAUUCUACAGGAUGUGGUAUUAGCAAGUGAAAACAGUCCAAAUCCAUUGAUGCCCACGCAUGCACCUCCAGGUGGUCGAGAUAUCAGGUGCCAUUGUGGCGUCCAGGCAUCUUCACUUGGUUGCAAGUGACCAAUAAUCAGGUGCAAAAAGUGUGCCUGGCUAAUUUCGAACACUGCCUGAGAACGUCAUGCUGGCAGCUACCUCUGUGCUACAUUUGCAGAGUUAUUAUCAUACGCAGAGGACAGAGACUGAUGCCAUGGAGUGAUAUUCAGCUCCAUUUUACUCAGAGUAGACCCACUGAAAUUAACAAACCUGUCUUGGUCGUAUUCAUACAUUUCAGCGGGUGUACUUGCUGUGAAACUUAGUUGAAUGCUGCCCUUGUGGUCUUGCUUGGAGUGUGUGACUGACCGCUGUUGGGAACAGGACACUGGGUUACAUGGAAUUUUGGUUUGAUCCAGCAAUUCUUCUUGCCCAUGGAUAAUCUUCCUUUUAAGUCUCAUGGCAUGCAAGCUAGCACCAUGUCUUUGAAGACUAGAUCACUGGGGUGAUGCCACUCCCUGACAUUGCUAAGUGAAUUUCUCUGCUGACUGUCCUCUCUCAGAGGCAGUAGAUGGAAGCUUUGGGCCUGAUCCUGCAGGGCUUCUUCCCUGUACCUCAGUUUAUCCUCUCAUUUAUUUAUUUAUUUAUUUAAGAGCAGUCUUAUUCGGAAAUAAGGCCUGUUCAUGCUGAUUGAACUGAAGACCCCCAGCUGCCCCUUUUCAGAGCUUGCAGGGCCUGGGAUUGUGGCUUUACAGAUUCUGGGGUUAAAAGCUAUCGUGCAUGCAAAUGCUCAUGGUUUUUACUUUCGCUUCUGAGCUCUGUACUUCCCCUUGCUCUUAAAAAAAAACCCUGUGAAGGUGUAGGGGUGUGUGUGUGUGUGUGUGUGUGUAAAACUCUGAAUGGGGGAGUGAGGUUUAACAGGUGGUCAAGGCAGGGUAAGACCCAAAUAUUGCUAAAAUGGGUAAAAAGGUAAAGGGACCCCUGACCAUUAGGUCCAGUUGUGGCCGACUCUGGGGUUGCGGCGCUCAUCUCGCUUUAUUGGCUGAGGGAGCCGGCAUACAGCUUCUGGGUCAUGUGGCCAGCAGGACUAAGCCGCUUCUGGCGAACCAGAGCAGUGCAUGGAAACACCGUUUACCUUCCUGCCAUAGCGGUACCUAUUUAUCUACUUGCACUUUGACGUGCUUUCGAACUGCUAGGUUGGUAGGAGCAGGGACCGAGCAACAGGAGCUCACUCUGUUCCGGGGAUUUGAACCGCCGACCUUCUGAUCGGCAAGUCCUAGGCUCUGUGGUUUAACCCGCAGCGCCACCCGUGCUAAAAUGGGUAGCUCUCCCAUAAUUCAGUAGAAGAGGAAGGUGGCUUGAGCACAAGGGGGAGAGACAGAGGGAGAGGUCUGCAGCAGUUGCAAAGUAAUAAUUUCCAGGGGGGUAACCUUGUUGUCUCCAGAAAUAACAGGUUUUAAAACAGACAGGUGUGGUAAAAGUUGGCCUCUCACACAGGAUUUGUUGUAAGGCUAGCUGUUCACUGGGGGCGAGAGUUAGUGUGGUGUAGGGCUAGGCGACAUCGUGAUAUACUGCUAUAUCACGGUGUCUAAAAUAAGGAUGGAGCUGUGUAGAGCCAUUGGCUGGCUUCAUGGUCUUUCCCGCAUCAUGAUUUUUGCUUAGCGCGCGCGCACACACACACACGCACACCCCAUGAUUUGCGAUAUAUUGCCAGGUAAACAAUAAUGAAACCAAUAUCACAAUAUCGACUUCAAACUGGUUUUGGAUGAUAUACAGUGGUACCUUGGGUUACAGACGCUUUAGGUUACAGACUCCGCUAACCCAGAAAUAGUACCUCGGGUUAAGAACUUUGCUUCAGGAUGAGAACAGAAAUCGCAUGGCGGCGGCGGGAGGCCCCACUAGCUAAAGUGGUACCUCAGGUUAAGAACAGUUUCAGGUUAAGAACAGACCUCCGGAACGAAUUAUGUUCUUAACCAGAGGUACCACUGUAUCAAUAUAUCACCCAGCCCUGGUGUGGUGUGGUGGUUAGAGGGUCAGACUUGGACCUGAGAGACCAGGGUUCGAAUGCCCACUCAGCUGUGAAGCUCACUGGACCAUUCCCUGCCUCCAGGUAACUUACUUUGCAGGGUUGUUGUGGCGGUUAAUGGAGGGAGGGGAAGAAUCAUGUGUGCCACCUUGAGCUCUUAGGAGAAAAAGGUGGCGUAGACAUGCAAUUAAAAACCAAGAAGUAAAUGCCACUGUGGGGAAGGAGCCGUAGCUCAGAAGGGGAGAACCUGCUUUGCAAGCAAAAGGUCCCAGCUUUUAUCCCCAAUGACGUCUCCAGGUAGGGUCUCUGAAAGCCUGGAGGGCAGCUACCAGUCCGGGAAGGCCACACUGCUCCAGAUGGACCCAGUGAGAGCUGCCCCUGUGCAUUCAUAACUCUUGCAGGUUUCCCCAGAGUUUGCAGCUGGUUAGGAGCCAGGAUGUCAGGGUUGGUAGGCUGGAGACCCAGGAUGCCUUGAGUUCUCCCUCGUAUUCCCAACAGACACCCAGAAUUCUGCCUGUUUCCCGCCUCUCCUUUUCCUGGGUCAGUGGGAGCAUAAACUUCGCCUUAUUACAAUCACCUGGCUGCACGGUGAAGAUCCCAUGCUACUUUUUAAAAAAAUUCCUGCUGCGAAGGCAUCUUGGCGUCUGGCUGCUGCGUGAAUGGGCAAGGGGGGGAGGGGAGGGAGGAUGUUGCGUAGUCGUGUCACAGCAUUGCAUCAGCAUCGCUGUGUACUUGGCAAACAUCCCAACCCUUGGCUGUUUUUCAACAUCUGGAUCCUUAAGACGUCUCCCGGGAGUUUGAGUUGGGGGGGUGCACAAGAAGGGUGGGUGCUGCAGAAGGACGCAUCUGCCCCGUGGGGGGGGCAUUUGGUGUUGUGUGCCCUCUUGCUCCCACGCCCUGAUGCAUGUAGUUAACACACGGACACACACAGCCUCCAUGGAAUCCUUGAGCGAGUCUCAUUUGUUCAUUCAUUCCUGGUAAUAUUUGGACAAUGUUCCACUGAUGUCUUGGAGCAACUUGCAAAUUAAAGUGUCGGAGAUAAAUUCGUGGAGGAACCGUGUUAGAAACUCUGAUAUAAAAGCUAAUUGCCAAAUGACACCUUAAGCUUUGGUUGUGGUCGCCACCACUGACUGUCUUGAUGCUCCCCCCGUCUAAAAUUUAUUACUAUUAUUAAUUUCAUUUCUAUACCACUUUAUAUUUUAAAGAAAAAAACUCAAAGCGAUAUACAACACAUUAAAGCAUGAAAUGAAACAAUCCAUAAUAAAAGAAGUUCAAGCUUCCAGCAAUAUAUUUCAGAUCCUUCUCCAAGAGACAUUUUGCUUUCCUCAAAUUUAUUCAGUGACUUCAUUUAUAGCAGGCAUGUCCAAAGUCCGUUUUGGGAGCCCAAUCCGGCCCACCAACCAGUUUAAUCUGGCCCCUGUGGCAGUUAAUUCCCUGGGGUAAAAUCCUAAAAAAAAACCCUCAACAACCUCAAUCCUAAAAAAAAGUCAACAACUUUGGCUGACCCUUUGGUCGGCCUCCACAGCCCUUCACUUCACCAAAUCUGGCCCUCUUUGAAGAAAUUUUGGACACCACUGAUUUAUAGAGCUGCCUCAUAGCAGGACUCUAGGUUGGCAGGGUGGGGCAGUGGCUAUGACGACCUCCCUCACAGGGUCAUCAUAGGGAGUGUGACUCAUGCACCACUUGGAGGAAAAGGCAGUAAAUGAGCUGUUCUGCUGACCUGCUUAAGAAAGGUGGAAGGGCCGGCCAAAUGGAGAUUUCAGUCGCCCCGAGAUCUCCGCAGGGUUGCAAUUGGAUCCGUGCCGGUUGCAAAAUGAGCCUGGUGCUUGGGGGAUUUUGAACACUGUGGAGGAGGGAGGGGCGCUUUCAAGGGCUACUGGGCCCGAUAGCUGUGCUCUGCCCACCUGUACAGUUGUGAAAACCAGAAGUGGGGAGCUCAGGCUAUGCUUGCAGGCUUUGUAAAAGUGGUGUCUGGUUUGCCAUCAUGAGAACAGGAUGCUGGACUGACUGAAUAAUAAUAAUAAUAAUAAUAAUAAUAAUAAUAAUGUUUUAUUUAUACCCCACCCUCCCCAGACAAGACCGGGCUCAGGGCGGCUAACACCAGGUAUAAAAACAAUUGAUUAAAAUACAACUUAAAAACAAGAUUAAGUACAGAGCUGCUUAGAUCAGACCAGUGUUUCCUAAACUUGGGUACCCAGCAAUUUUUUGGACUACCACUCCCAUCAUCCCUAGCUAGCAGGGCCAGUGGUCAAAGAUGAUGGGAACUGUAGUCCAGAAAACAGCUGGAGACCCAAGUUUGGGAAAUACUAGUUUAGACCAGUCCAUGGAGAAUUAAGGCUGCCAUUGACCACGAUGUCUGUGUUCUCCCUCCACUAUCUGGGGCAAUAAAGCCUCUCAUAACCAGUUGUUGGAAACAAGUGGGGAGACCUGCUUUUGCUUUCAGCUCUUUCUUGCCAGCUUCCCUUUGGGGCAUCAGGUUAGCCGUUGUGAGGACAGAAUGCUGGACUAGAUGGGAUCCCUUCGGCCUGACUCAGAAGCUAGACUCUCUUUAUCCUUCUUGCAAAAUGCGUUUUUUAAAAAAUGAUGCAGAGUAACAAAUUGCAGUUUUAAAAAUUGCAUAUAUUCCUUUUUCUUUACCUCUGUAGCAACUUUGUGUGCAUAGCAGUUUACAAAAUGAAAUAAGCAAAGAAGGCAAACUCCUGUCCUGUUUGCAGUCUUGAGUUCCUCCUUGAGGAGGGAGAUGGGGAGGACAAGGCAGGCAGGCAAACGCUGCCGCAGUGGAAUAGGAGCAAGUGGCAGGUUCAAUAUUUAGGGUUCCUUGACAGUGGGACAGCCUUUGGCUACGUCAUGCAGGCCUGGCAUUUAGCAUUGGCAUGGUUCAGUAUCAGCCAUGCACCCACACCCCAGGAAAAGCCCCAUUGGCAAUGGCUUCCUAAACCUGUUCCUCUUUCUCACCAUUGCAAUAUUAUUAUUAUUAUUAUUAUUAUUAUUAUUAUUAUUAUUCACACUUGCCUGUCGCUUUGCCCCAAAGGGGCUUUGCAACAAGAUAAAAUACAAAAUGGGUAAAAAUAAAGGAGAAGCCAAUUUUUGAAAAGAUAGAAGAAAGCAACACAUAAGAAGCAAAAAUUUCCUAAAUACUAUAUCUUUAUUGAUGAUAAUAAGGAUUUAAAAAGCAAGGUGUUGAUUUGCCAAUCAUUAGUGGCAGCCAGACUAACAGUAGCACUCUUCUGGGAUAAUAUAUCCAGGCUUACACUUUCGGAGUAAAAGGAAGUUGGAGCAUCACACUAGCAAUAAAAGCUACCGAGUAAAAAUAAAAAGGUCAAGAGGGGCAGAUUUGUCUCUGAUCAGCUAGGGUUUAUGAUGCAUGUUAACAGAAUGCGUAAAUCACGCUGCCUCUGCCAUAUGCUGAUCUUUGGAACCUACUGAGUAUUGACAGACCACAGUGCCUCUAAACAGUCAUAAUAGUUCUUUGUAGUUCAUAUGUGUUUUGUGUGUGCGCGCACGCAUGCUCUUAAUAAAAAACAUUCAAAAACAAAAAAAAACUUUGUCCCAGAAUGGCUGAAAAUGCUUAUCUGACCAUAUAGCAAAGUAAGGAAAACCUCAACCUAGUAAGAACUCAAGAGACCUGGUGGGUCAGCCCAAUGGCCCAUCUGUCUAGUUCAGCAUCCUUUUCUUACAGCAACCACCUAGAUGCCUGUUGGAAACACACAGGAGUAUUUGCCGCCCCCCACAUCCCUUUGUUUUCUAGCAGCUGGCAGGCAGAAGUACAGAGAUGGAGCAUAGCCUUUACCUCCAUUAAUCUGUCCAAUCUCCCUUUUAAAGCCACCCAUAAGAUGCGCACCAUUGUAGAGUAUUAUUGUUAUUAAUAUUAGUAUUAUUGUUUAUCUGUCAUGGAUGAUUUAGUUGAUAUUCCUGCAUUGUAGGGGGUUGGACUGGAUGACCCUUGGGGUCCCUUCCAACUCUAUGAUUCUAUCUCAGGUGUCAAGAUAGCAUGAUCUCAAAAAGGCCAAGGGGAGUCUUAGUUUGGAGCCUAAAAGCUGACUGUGAUGGCACCAGGCAGGCUUCCAGAGGGGAGAGUUCCUCAAAGGCUUUAAACCUUGGGUCUCUGGCUGUCUUUGGACUACAAUUCCCAUCAUCCCUGACCACGGGUCCUGCUAGCUAGGGAUGAUGGGAGGAGUUGCAGUCCAAAACCAGCUGGAGACCCAAGUUUGGGAAACUCGGCUCUAAACAGAAGGCAGUUUUAAAAUCCAGCAUGAAGCACUGACAGAGCUUAAGAGCUAAAAUACAGCUUUCACGCCCUGUUUUCUCAUCUGGUGCUGAAAAUAUAGUAACCAUGACGCCUCUUUUGCAGAUUAGUUCCAAGAGCAUGGUCCCAUUACUGACAAGGCCCUGCCGCUCACCCUCUUCCACUCGACUUCAGGUGGUUGGAGUGCAGAGCCUCUGAGGCUGCUCUUUCUAACCCAACAGGUUCUUCAGGGAGCAGGGAGUUGGUUCAAGAAGCCUUGAACCCCGGAAGCCGCCUUUCUGCUGAGUCAGAUCACUGCUCCAUCCAGCGCUGUCAAGACCAAUUGGCAGCAGCUGUCCAGGGAUUUAGGCAGCAGACAUUCCCAGCGCUGCCUGGGGUUGAACCUGGGACCUCCUGCUUGCAAAGCAGGUGCUCUACCACUAAGCUAUAGAUGCUGGUCCUCAUGGUCCUAGUUUUAAAUAGGAACCUAGAACCUAGGAAGCUGCUUUUGACUGAGACAGUCCGCUGGUCUAUCUAGCUCAGAAUAAUAAUAACAAUAAUUUUAUUAUUUAUACCCCGCCCAUCUGAGGAUAGAAUUGGGAGGAGGCGGGUCGUGCAUACCUUGGGCUCCUGUGAGAAAAAGUGAAAUACAUAGAUGUAAUCAUAAUUGUUCAGAUACACAUGAAAGCUCAUAGUUGGUCUCUAAGGUGCUACUGGAAGGAUUUUUUUUAUUUUGUUUCGACUACGGCAGAGAAACAUGUCUAGUUACCUGUAAUAAUAAUUAUAACUGAUAAAUAAGGCAUUUCCGAAUGUUCUCUGCUUUUUAUUUCAAUCUUUUUGGUGAUCGAACAGCAAUUUUUGGUGGAUGGGCAUUUCUUAACUAUGUCUACUCAGAAGUAGGUCCCAUUGACUCUAAUGUGGCUUACGCCCAGGUGCGUGGGGUUAUGAUUGCAGCCUUGGUUCACUCUGCCAGGGAGUUGUGCGCUAAUGUCAUGGUGAUGUCACUGCUCUGCGCAGCCAAGUGGACUGUGUGAUGUCACUGGGAGGAAAACUCAGGGAUUCUUUUCCAGGUACCUGCUGAAACUACCUUGAGGGUGCUGUCCUCCACCCUUUCGGAAGUGGUGUACAAAUAAUCACAGGAGCGAUGGCAGACUUACCCCCCACCCCUUUUUUCUUUGCCAACGCUGAAAAUGUUAGCCAACAAACAGCGAGCUUUGAUGCAGUUCGACACGCCAAGAACUCAAUCCUAUAGACGUAAUCGGAUUAUCAGAAGAGGCCCGCGACUGGAUCAGGCCCAAAGGGGGCCCAUCUAGUCCGGCAUCGUGUCUUCACAGUGGCCAGCCAGAUCCCCCCAAAGGGAAGCCCAAAGGGAACUGGGCCAAAACAAACAAGAUGAAUUUUAACAGGGAGAAAUGUAAAGUAUUGCACUUGGGCAAAAAAAAAUGAGAGGCACAAAUACAAGAUGGGUGACACCUGGCUUGAGAGCAGUACAUGUGAAAAGGAUCUAGGAGUCUUGGUUGACCACAAACUUGACAUGAGCCAACAGUGUGACGCGGCAGCUAAAAAGCCAAUGCAGUUCUGGGCUGCAUCAAUAGGAGUAUAGCAUCUAGAUCAAGGGAAGUAAUAGUGCCACUGUAUUCUGCUCUGGUCAGACCUCACCUGGAGUACUGUGUCCAGUUCUGGGCACCACAGUUCAAGAAGGACACUGACAAACUGGAACGUGUCCAGAGGAGGGCAACCAAAAUGGUCAAAGGCCUGGAAACGAUGCCUUAUGAGGAACGGCUAAGGGAGCUGGGCAUGUUUAGCCUGGAGAAGAGGAGGUUAAGGGGUGAUAUGAUAGCCAUGUUCAAAUAUAUCAAAGGAUGUCACAUAGAGGAGGGAGAAAGGUUGUUUUCUGCUGCUCCAGAGAAGCGGACACGGAGCAAUGGAUCCAAACUACAAGAAAGAAGAUUCCACCUAAACAUUAGGAAGAACUUCCUGACAGUAAGAGCUGUUCGACAGUGGAAUUUGCUGCCAAGGAGUGUGGUAGAGUCUCCUUCUUUGGAGGUCUUUAAGCAGAGGCUUGACAACCAUAUGUCAGGAGUGCUCUGAUGGUGUUUCCUGCUUGGCAGGGGGUUGGACUCGAUGGCCCUUGGGGUCUCUUCCAACUCUAGGAUUCUAUGAUUCUAAGCCCGUAAGCAGGUCUGAGAGCUCCACUGUUACAGCUCCCAGCAACUGGUAUUCAGUUUCCACUGACAGCCGUCUCCUCCCCCAUGAAUUCGUCUAAUCCUCUUUUUCAAGCUGUCUGCAAGAACAUCUGGAUUUCCCCGUGGAUCAUGCUUGGGGGGGGGGCAUGCAGCCCAUGAUCCCGUUUUCGCAGCAGCAGCCAGCCAGAUGCCCCCAAAGGGGGAUCCACAAGUGAGUUGAGCCAUGCUGGCUUUGCGAAUCUUGCCCAUCCCCAGCAAAAGGCAGGAAUCUUGAGCUACCUUUGGGCAGCUGAGCAUCACAAAAUCUGUGGGUGGGGAGAGAGGGUAAGGGGGGGCUUGCAUCUCAUUUGCUAGCUGACUUUGGUCCCCUCUGUGCCAAAAAAUCGAGGCAAAUUGGCCAGCCAGCAGGAAACCUUUUUCUGGGCUAAUUAUGCCUUUUUUUCCUCUCUCUCUCCCCUCCCCCACCUGCAAUUGCCAACCUCUCUCUUUGUGGCUAAAUUAAGAACUUCACUUUCCUGUUAAUGACACCUUUCAAUGCCUCUCCCUCCAACUCUUCUUUCUUUCUUUCUUUCUUUCUUUCUUUCUUUCUUUCUCUCUCUCCCCGCUUUUUAAGGACACUUUCCCCCCAAAAUAUACAAGAGCUGCAAAUGUACCAAGCUAGGGGCCUCAGCAAAACUUUGCAGCAAACAAACAAAGCCUGCCUGUCUGCAAUGUGUGUGUAUAUAUAUGAACAUAAUAAUAAUUAUAGCGGGGGGGUGUCUAUUGUACCUCUUGAAAUGGUGUCCGCCAGGCUAAGGUCCCCAAGGUGGUUGCUUAGCAACCACAGGAGUUCUCCGGCGACUCCCUCUUGAGAAAUUUAGAAAGUCAAAAGAAGGGCCGCAAUUCCUCCAGAAGGGCCAGGCCUCAUGAAUCUGGCUAUGCAUCCUGCUGCUAGCUCUGUUAAUUCAUCUUUGCUUUAAAGCAAUUGCAGAAGUGUCCAGUGUGGAUGGAGGGGACCAGCACUUUCCUAUCAUACAGUGGAUUUGUUGGAGAAAUGAUCAGACAGCAGAUCUUGGUUUGCGUUCUAUAGUGCAGGAAAUGUUGUUUUUGUUGUUUGAUUUUUAUUUAUUUAUUUAAGCGCAUUUGUAAGAAUUACAAUUGUCCCUAGUGAUUAGGGCAUUUCCUCAAUGGCUUUUCUUCGGUGGGCAAGCUUACAAAGACACUGCCUCCCUGCCUUUCAUCAUAUCACAAGAAAGAUAACUAUUCCCUGUAUAGGGGAGUUUUAAUGUUUUAUUAGGCUUUUAUAUUUGUUGGAAGUUGCGCAGAGUGGCUGGGGAAGCCAAGUCAGAUGGGCAGAGUAAUUAUAAUAUAAUAUAAUAUAAUAUAAUAUAAUAUAAUAUAAUAUAAUAUACAGUCAUACCUCUUGUUAUGCUUGCUUCAGGUUGAGCGUUUUCAGGUUGCAUCCCGUGGCGACUCAGAAGUACCGGAAAGGGUUACUUCUGGGUUACACUGCUCACGUAUGCGCAGACACGCAAAAUGAUGUCUUGCGCAGAAGCGGUGAAUUGCGACCCGCGCAUGCGCAGAUGUGGAUUGCAUUCUGCUCAUGUUGCGAACGAGCCUCCGGAUAAUAAUAAUAAUAAAUUUAAUAUAAUUAAUAUAAUAUAGCCUGCUCUUUAGCCAAAAAAAGCUUCCUCAAGUGGCUUACGUAAAACCAAGGCUUGCAAUCUAAAAUAAAAACAAAAACACGACACACAAGGCAAAAGGGACAGGGAGGGCAGAGGAAAAAAGCAAAGCCGGGCACUGAUUCCCACACAGUAGAAAGGCCGGCUGGCAUAGAAGCAGUCCGGUGGCAGGAGGUGCUGAAUGGGGCUGGUCUUUCAGCAGUUCUGAUGGAAAGCACCCCACUUCUUAUCUCCCCCUCAGAGGCAGCCUCAUGGGAUGGCUGCUGCCUGGUGACAGUUGUGGGAAAGGAGCCUUGAUGGAGCUGGUCUUUUUAAUGUUGGCAGGACUCUCAUUUCAUCUGGGUCUGUCUCCUGCAUGCGCCUGGCUUAUAUAUCAUGGAGAAAGUGUUAUACUUUGAGGGAAAACUUAAUGCAAAUGAUGUACAGGUGGUACCUGACACCAAGUUAAGUUGGCGAAGAUGCAUAAAUCUGCGUCAAACGUCUGAUGGAAAUGUGAAGAAGCAGAAGACUCGUUUCAUCACAUGUGAUAGAUGCGUAAAGUGGCUAAACACUUUUGGGAAAUGAUCUAUAAUGAGAUAAAAAAGAUAUUUAAGGUAAUUCUCCCAGAAAGUCCAGAAGCCUCUUUAUUAGGCAUAACGGGAACAGAUGUCCCCUUCAGAAACCAGGUAAAUCUAUUUCUUUACGCAGCAACGGCAGCUCGAAUACUAUAUGCACAAAAAUGGUGGGGAGAAGCAGUGCCUACAAAAGAGGAGUGGCAGUUGGAAUUAGCAGAAUUGGCUAGUCUGACUUGUAAAAUUAGAGAUAAAAAAGAGUGACUUUGAGUAGGAUUUGAAAAUGUUUGUAGAUUAUUUAAAAACUCAGUGUAAACGUGUUAAGACACAAAUAGGAUUUGACUGGGGACAGCAAUGGGAAGGACGGUGGAGUUUUGUGUUUUGUGGCUUUUUUGUUUUUUGCAGAAGCGAAGACAUGGAGUAACUAAUAUGCAGCACAAAUUUAAAUUUUGGGGAAACCAUGGAGGGAAGGGAAGGGAAGUCCUAGGUUGACCGACUGAUUACAAAGCCUGAAAUGUUGUUGGAUUAUUGUUUAUCUUUUAACAAAUAGAAUUAAUAAGACAAAUACAUGGAGGAGAAGUCUCUCAGGGGCUACUGGCCACUAGGGCUAGGUUCUCCCUCCACUGUCUACCUCCGAACAGGGCUGGUGGCUCUUGUGCCCCAGGCCUCCUUGUGGCCUUCUCAUUGGGGGGCAUCUGGUUGGCGAGGACGGGGGGGACGGACUGUACUAAAUGGGCCCCCUUGGGCCAGAUCCAGCCGCAGGACACUCCAUAUUGAGCCCCCACCCAAACACUUAUUUCCAGGCGUCUUCAACCCCCUCCUCUUAAAAGAAAUGAUUAUGAUCUCAUCAGGGCGAACCAUUUUUCAUUUCCAGAUGGAUUUUUAAAAUUUAUUUCCUCCUCUCUCUUGCAGCAAGUGAACCAACUUCUUCCUGUGCAAUACACACACACACACACACACACACACACACACACACGCGCGCCUUUAGUGAAGGGAAGGCAGGCAGGGAAGGAUGUCAAACUUUGGGGGGUUUCUUUCCUCUGUGUCUGACGUGGUGGGUGAGGAUGGCAUGGGGGGCACUUUUUUGUUUUGCUUUUGGAGGAGGCGAUUGCAGCUCCAUUCUCACACGCACAGGCCCACGUACACACACCAGGCCCGAAGAAGUGGGUGUGGCUCUGCUAUAUUAAGUCCUGGGCUGGUGCCAGCAUACUGUUACGGUGACCAUUUUAAGGCCUUCUCCUUGUGCAAUCCACUGGGGAACCGGGAGCGAAAACUCCUGCUGCCUCUGAAAGCCAAGGAUGCGGCGGGAAAGCUCUGGCUGCCAUCACGAGGGGCUUGCUGGGAUGAGAGCAAGUUGCCUCGCUGAGCAGUACCUGCUUUUCAACAUUGCGAUAUAUCACCAGCCAAACAUCGCGAUCUACUGAUAUAUCACAAUGUCUGAAAUAAGGAUGGAGCUGUGUAGAUGCAUUGGCUGGCUUCACAGUUUCCCCCACAUUGUGAUUUUUGCAUAAUGCGCGCACGCACACACAGACAUCAUGAUUCACGAUAUAUUGCCAGGUCAAGAAUUAUGAAACCAAUAUCAUGAUAGGGACUUCAAACCGGUUUGGGGUGAUAUAUUGAUAUAUCACCCAGCUCUACUCUUUAUGCCAAAUACCAGUAUUGUCCACACUGACUGGCAGCACAGCUCUCCGGGGUUUCAGGCAGCAGAUACUGUAUUUUUCCAUGUAUAAGACUAGGUUUUUUCCCUUUAAAAUAAUGUUAAAAAUUAGGGGGCGCCUUAUACAUGGAUACAUCUCCCCCAUUUUCUUAAAUCUGAGUCUCCCAAAAUAGGGGGCGUCUUCUACAUGGGGGUGUCUUAUAAAUGGAAAAAUACGGUAUCUCUCCCACCCCUACCCAGAGGUGCCUGUUGGGACUGAACCUGGGGCCUUGUGUGUACACCUGUGCCCCUUCCCUAAAAAUAAAGCGCAAGAUUGCAGUCCUCAUGGCAACAAAUAAAGAGCCACUGCCAACCAGUGUGGGCAACAUGAGUAUAGGGUGGCUUCCUGUGUAAAUCAGCUCUAUUCGGAACAUUGAGGACUGGGUACUUUGUAGCUCGGUGGCAGAGUAAUGCUUUGUAUUCAGAUGGCUCCUGGUUCAAUUUCCAGCAUUUCCAGGAAGAGCUGGGAAAGGCUGUUUGCUGGAACCCUGGAGAGCAGUGGAGCAGUGUUAGAAACUCAGAUAUAUAUAAGCUAAUUGCCAGAUGGCACCUUUAACCUGGGUUGUGGUCACCACAGCAGAAUGUCUAAUCACCAUCCCCCCCCCCGUUGUUGUUGUUGUUGUUGUUGUUGUUGUUGUUCAGUUCAUUUCUAUGCUGCUUUUUAUUUUAAAGCAAAAACCUCAAAGCGGUUUACAACACAUUAAAACAUCAAAUAAAACAAUCCAAAAUAAAGCAAAUUCAGACUUCCAGGGAAAUAUUUCAGAUCCUUCUCUAAGUGACAUUUAGCUUUCCCCAUAUUUAUUUAUUUACCUACUUAAUUUAUAUAGCUGCCCCAUAGCAAAAGUACUCUAGGAAGCAAGCGUGGUAUAGUGAUUUGGGUCAGACUAGGACUAGGAGAUCCGGGUUCAAAUCCCCACGCAGUCAUGAAGCUCACUGUGUGACCUUAGGCCAGUCACCUACCUCACAGGGUCAUCGUAGGGAGGGUGAAUCAUGCAUCCCUUGGAGAAAAAGGUGGGAGAAUAAGGUAAUAAAUAAGCUCUGCUGGUUACCUGCUUAAGAAAGCUGGAGGACCCAGCGAGGUGGAGAUGCCAGUCACAAAAUGCACCUGGGGGAUUUCGGACACUGCUGGUGAGCUGUUCCAGUCAGUGUAGAAAUUCUGAUGGAGCCAGUGGGACUGACCUGAUAAAAGGCAGUUUCUGAUGUUCUUAUUGUAUACUCUGAUGGAUCAUCACCCAACUUUUCAACAAACGGUGGGACCCUCCUAGAUUUUAAGAGCAGGCUUUCUGUUUCAGUCAUGUGGCAGGGAGGCACAGAUCCAGCAUCCUGCUUCUCUCUGAAGUUCAUCAAAUGCUUCCACAAAGCCCAUUAAGGAGAGCUGGAGAGCCAUGGACUUCACCUCCAGUGUCUCUCCCAGCUUUUGAUGUUCUGGGGUAUAUUUCCUUGUCACAUGAAGAUUCUGUUUAUUUAGUAACCUAUCUUACAAUUUUAUAAAUAGUUGGCAGCUACUGAAUCAGCAUUCAAUAAGAUGAAGUGGAAAAAAGAACCCAAACUCUUGAAAAUCAGCAGGUACCGUUUCUACAAUUACACAAUUAAUGUUUGCUUCAAGGAAAGGGGGCCUUAAAUGCAAAAUGCUUCAGUAGCUGCCGAAAACACUGAGACCCUGUCUUGAUUUCAGCUGGUAACUUGAUUCCAGAGGCCUGGGGCUGCCAUUGUGGCUAAUAACAGAGAAUACCGACAACACCCCCCACCCCCCGGUUGCACAUACAGUACUAGAUUUGUCAUUUGUGGCCUUGGAAGGGAGAAAUUCAACACCAAUUUGUAAAUCUGGGAUUGUGAACCUCAGCCCCUGAGGGGCCAAAUACCCCCCCCCCAACCUCUGUGUCUGCCCCUUGAAACUUGCCCCAGGCCAUACCCCUCCACAGCCUCCCUCUGCUCUCCCCCCCAAGUGCUUUGGGGGGUUUUUUAGCGUAGAGAAAAGGCGAGAAAGAGGUAAGACUGUUGGAAGUUUAUGAAAUUAAGUGGAUAGAGUGAAGUUUUCCUCUCUCAUGGGUAUCGAUGGAAGCUGAACAGUGGAAGGUUCAGGACCACCCUCCUUCACACAGUGCGGAGUUAAACUGUGGAACUCACUGUUGCAGGAGACAGCGAUGGGCGCCAGCUUGGAUGGCCUUAAAAGAGGAUGAGACUGUCAUAGUGGAGGUGGAAGAAGCAGGCCAUCAAUGGUUUCCAGCCACCAUGGCUAUGGUCAGAGGCAGUAAUUGCUUCCAAAUUCCAGUUGCUUGAAACCAUGAAUGGCAGUGCUCUUGUGCUCAGGUCCUGCUUGGGGGUUCCCCACAGCCUCCUGGUUGGCUACUGUGAGAACCAGUGUUCGAAAUUAGCCAGGCGCCAAGCAUAAUUUUCACCUGGAUAUCGGCCACCAAUUGAUGGGGCCUGAGUGCCAGGAUGGCGCCUGAUGUCUCCACCAUCUGGAGGUGCAUGCCUGGAGAUCCUCGGAUCUGGGCUGUUUUCACACACUAAUACCAUGUUCUGUAUAAUUCUAUCCAUUAUAUUUUAUCUGCGCUAUCAGAAAGAAUCUCAGGAACCAAAAUGCUCUCUUUGUGCAACCUGAGCAGGAGCAGUCAGCAUAAAGAAAGAGGUUGGAAUAGGCCAAUAGUUAUGUGGACCGUCCCAGGGUCAAGGGACUUUUCCUCAUUAAGUUCUCAAAGCUCUUAACCAGGCAUAGGCAAACUUGGCCCUCCAGAUGUUUUGGGACUACAACUCCCAUCAUCCCUAGCUAACAGGACCAGUGGUCAGGGAUGAUGGGAGUUGUAGUCCCAAAACAUUUGGAGGGCCAGGUCUGCCUAUGCCUGUUCAAGGUUGUCCUCUGAACUAGCCAGAUGUUGAACUGAGAAUCAAUCGCAGUCAGUCCGUCCUUUGAAAUAUAAGACUUGAGACUUGUCUUGCCCCAAAAUGGCAACUAGACAUUCUGUUUUGGCGAUUGCGACCUUGGUUUAAGGAGCCAUUUAAGAGUCGAGGAGGAGGAGGCUAUGCUCGUGUCUUCACAGUUGGGAGAGAGUAGGUGCUUCUGAAUGCCAGUUACUGGAAACCACAGCAGGGGAGAGUUGUCUUUGCUUGCUUGUGGGCAUCCCAUUGGAGCAUCUGGCUGGCCACUGUGAUGACAAGAUGCAGGACUAGGUGGGUCUCCUUUGGGUCUGAUCCAGCAGCAGGGAAGGAUUGUAUGCAAACAUCACCUUUAAAGAAACCCAAAGCUUCCCUAGUUGAAAUAUCCUCAAAAACACCUCUCCACCACUUGCUGCUCCUACAAAGUUUUGCAAAGCUGUUGCAACAGGUCAUGUAAUCUUGGACCUAGCCCUUUAAAACAAACAAAAACAUAAGCAAACCACAAUUUACCUGUAUCUCUCUUUUCCACUCCCAGCCCAUGUCUCAAAGUGCUUUGUUUGAAACUUAUGAGAAAUUCCCACUUGGCAUCGUAAGUUGGAGUCUCUCCUCACCUUUCUGUGAAAUAUUAAAGCAGGGCUGUCUCAGGGGUGCGGAGUGUGUGUGUGACGGUUUUGUGUGGCAGAACCAGCAUGGCGUUCGGUCCCUCCAUUUCCAGGAGGACAGUGGCCUUCCUUUUCCUGCUUAUUGCCUUCCGUGGCCAUCUGGUUAGCCCCUGUCUGGGGUUCUGUCGGCUUGUGACAAGCCACCCUGCUAGAUGGACCCUUCCGUCUGCUUAGCAGAUCUCUUUGUGAUGUAUUCUGUGGUGGCUGUUGUGGAGCCUCCAUAUUGAAGAGCAGUCUUAUCUUUUGAGUUCCAGGAGCUGGACACCAAAAAUGCCAGGGAAGGCUGUUGCCUUUGCAGCCUGUUUCUGGGUUUCCCUGAGUUGGGCUGGUUGGAGGAUGUGGGGACCUGGUCUGAUCCAGUAGAACCUCCAUGGUUAGAGGCAGUAUAUCCAGAGCCACUCAGCAUUCUUAGGAAUGUUGAAGGGACCACCUCAACUAACAAUAGCCCCAACCAGGGUAUGGCAGGGCAUAUAGGCAGCAAAAUAGCACUCCCUGCCAUGGAUGUCCUAAGGAGGAAAGGCAAUGGUAGAGCAACUGAUUUGCAUGCAGAAGGUCUCAGGUUCAGUCCCUAGCAACUCCACUUAGGGCUGGAAAUAUCUCCUGUUUGAAACCCUGGAGAGCUGCUGCCACUCAGUGCGGACAGUACUGAGCUCAAUGGACCAUUGACCCAGUUUAAGACAGCUUCCUGUUUAGGGAGCGGCCGUAGCUGAUUGGUAGAGAACCUGCUUUGCAUUCCCUGUCUGAAACCCAAGAGAGCUGCUGCCAGCCAGUGUAAACAGUACUGGUCAGCAUGGGCACCUUCUUUCACUCCCAGCAGAAUCAGCACUUUAUUCAGAACGAUGAGGACAUGGAAUCCUCCUUUAUUUGCAGCGGAAGUUUUAAAGGCAGACGGUCCUGGGUGCAAACCUAGGUGAGGACUGGGAAGGCCCCCCUGUGCUGCCAGUCGGUGUAGGCAAUCCCGGGAGCCAGAUGGACUCGACACAAAGCGGCUUCCCGAGUUCCCACUUGGGGUCCUCCGUGCGGAAGCGAAGCGGGUUCUCCUGGGACUCUGAGCGCACUCUGCUCUCCUUAACCCCCAGUAAAUCCUAAACCGCCGUCAUCCUCCGGAGCUGACUUUUGCAAAACAAGCAAGCAGACAGCAGCAACAGUAACCCCCCCAGUAAGUGACUGGCUGCCUUGUUUGGCCGUGGGGCGGCAUCCCCCCUCCCCGCCGCGCUAAUGGCACACGCAGGAUCCAUUUCCAAGCCCCUUCCUGUGCCACAAGCACACUUUGCUUUUGUGCAUAAUGGCACCGGGCGCGCGGGGGACUUAAUCUUGCUGUGCAAUCCUGCCUCUUUGAAGACGGUCCCUUCUCUCCCUCCCUCCCCACUCCAGAGUCCUAAGGUCGUUCCUGCAACUGCCCCGGAAGCUUAAAACCAGCUUACAAGAGGGGCACCACCGCCAGCCUCCUUUUAUUGGCUCCCUUAAGAGGCGAAGGAGAGCUUCUUCCCGGGAGUCCUAUCCCUGACUUUCUUUCUUUCUUUCUUUCUUUUUCCCCUUCUCCUCCUCUUUUCGGAAACGCCCACGGGAGACACAGCUCCCAGCUGCUCGGGAUGCCAGGCACUUUCCGCGCAUAGGUAACACCCCAUUCCGUGGUCCGGGGUGCCGGGCUCGCUUCUUUCUGUUCAUGCCCUUCUGCACCCCAAAGCUGGACCCCUUUUUCUCUUCCCCUCUCUUGUUAGCAAAGCACCCCCCCAAAAAAGGCAGUUUCGUGGGGGGGGGGCGGGUUGCGUGAGAGAAGUUGACUUGGAGUUUGCCGGGAAACAGGAGGCAACCUACAGAAAGCCGGGCAGCUGGUAAAUUCUUCUUUGCAAAGCAGAAUGAGAGUGGAAGGGAACCAGAGACCGAAACAUUGCACCUAAUAUAUAUAUAUAUAAAUCUUACAAAAGAUACCACUCUACGCCUCGCCUGGCACACCCAAAGGGCUUCCUGUUUCAACAACAACAGAACCUGUCAAGAUCCACAACUUCCAUCCUUCCAGAAUCCUAAGGGGUACAAGGGUUUUUAAGUGGGGGUGUGUGUGUUGAAAAACAGUGUUUUCAGUCUCGUGCUACUUUUUUGGGGGGGGCAAAGGUGUUCCAACUCUAGUUUUUAAAUCCUGUGCAGUUGGGGGUUUGUGUCAGCUGUGUUUGUGAUCAAAACUGCCCAAGGAGAGGCUCGUUUAUGUUGUUGUUCUGGUUUUUUGUUUGUUUUAAAUUAGAAGAGCAAGGCUUCACGCAAUAAUAAAAUGAUCUGUGGCCCUGUAUAAAGGAACCGUUUGCCAGUUACUCAGUUUACUCUCGUCUCCUACAGCUCUUGGGGGAGGGGACCUCUGCCCUAUCCCAAGUUUCUGGGGUGGGAGGGAGAGUUAAUUUAUUCAAGUGGUUUUUCCAGCCUAACCUUGGAUCCCUGAGGGCCAGGAAUUUGUGUGUUUCCUUGCUUAAAAUGUGGUUUUUUUUGUGGGGUGGGGUGGAUGUUUGAAUUCAGAGCCCCUCCAGUAUUGGGAUUCUGUUGCCCCGACCUGUAACUUGCUGGUUUGCAGAUGUGCGCUUGAGCAUUAUUUAAGUGAGCAUUUGGGUUAUGUGCCUUGGAUGCUGAAAUAACUCAGUCAGUAGAGCAUGAGACUCUUAAUCCCAGGGUCAUGGGUUCAAGCCCCACAUUGGGCAAAGAGAUUCUUGCAUUGCAGGGGGUUAGACUAGAUGACCCUUGUGGUCCCUUCCAAAUCUACAAUUCUCUGAUUCUCUGAUACUUACCAUAUGUGCAGCAGAGUAGGACCCUGGGCCCAUCUAUAGCCCAGAGGUGUGUCCCUCCAUAUAGGCCAAGGAUGGAGGAACAUCUGGGAUGCUCUGGAUGUUGCUGGGCUCUACCUCCUACCUAUCAUCUCACCCCCGAUCAGUGCCCAUGCUGGCUGCAUAUGCUGGGAGCAUAGGAAGCUGCCUUAUACAGAGUCCAGCACGGAGUGACAUCAAUUGCUCUCCAUCCCUUCAGACAAGGGUCUCUCCCAACCCUCCCUGGAGAAGUCAUGGAUUGAACCAGGCAAAGCAGAUGCUUGACCACUGAGCUGCAGCUUCUUAACAAUGAUUUGUGCAGAAUAGAUCCCAAUUAGCUUGUGGAAUGCACUGCCACAAGAGGUUGCAUCCAGCUGAGGCUCAUAAACUACAACUUAAUCCAGAAUGCGGCCGCCAGACUGGUGACUGGAAACAGCCAUCUGGACCAUAUAACACUAAAGGAUCUACAUCGGCUCCCAGUACGUUUCCAAGGACAAUUCAAAGUGUUGGUGCUGACCUUUAAAGCCCUAAGCUGCCUCGGCCCAGUAUACCGGAAGGAGCAUCUCCUCCCCCAUUGUUCAGCCCAGACGCUGAUGCCCAGCUCUGAGGGCCUUCUCGGUGGUGGUGCCCACCCUGUGGAACACUCCCGUCAGAUGUCAAGGAAAUAAAACUACAGUUCAGGAAGUCCGUUCUUAAAUCAAAACGUUUUUAAACCAAGGCGUGCUUUCCCAUAGCAGCGGGGGACUCAAUUUACAAAUGGAACACACUCAAGAGGAAGCGGAACAUGUUCUGCUUCCAAGGCAAAGUUCACAAACCAAAACACCUACUUCCGGGUUUGCAGCGUUCUUAAUCCAAGUUGUUCAUAAACUAAGCUGUUCUUAAACCAAGGUACCACUGUAUUUGAAUUUUGAAGGCAGCCCUGCGUAGGGAAGGUUUUAAUGUUUGACACGUUAAUUUGUUUUUAUGUGUUGGAAGCCGCCCGGAGAGGCUGGUGCAUCUAAGGCAGAUGCAUUCAAAUUAAUGGGCCUAAGUAAGUCAUUUACUCUGAUGCUAUGGGUCUCCUUUGAGUAUUGCUAAGCUUAGAUACAAGCCAAGAAUCCUGGCCAAACAAAUACUGGCAGUGGAGGUGCCGUGGUUCAGAUUUUGGGGGUGGUUCUGCACGGCUCACAUAGUGAUGGGACAGGGAGGGACAUUUCUGUUAGUACCAUGGACAGCCUUGCAACCACUUUGUGAGCCCCCCCGCCCCACUACAGUGUGAAAAAGCAGCAUGGGUGACUAGGUGUGGAUGGGCUGCACCUUUUUUAUAGAUCUACUUAAGCCACCAACUUCCUGGCUCAAAGCAGAGCCUCUUGCCCUGGUACAUUCUCACUGGUUGUUUCCUUUCAUUUUUGCUUUUCAAGCUGAGUAUAAUGUCAAGUCCGUGUCCAAAGAACUACUCUCAGUUAGGACUUCAAGACAAUCUUUUCUCUCUCCCCACCCCUGGGGCCAAGCCAUACAACAUUCGAAAUUAGCCAGGCGCUUUUUGCACUUGGCUAUCGGUCACUCGUGACCAAGGGAAGAUUCCUGGGUGCCAGGAUGCCGCCUGACAGCUCCACCAUCUGGGGAUCCGUGGAUUGGGACUGUUUUCACACACGAAUACUGCAUCCUGUAGAAUUCUAUCAGUUAUAUUUUAUCUGCACAAUUGGAAUGAAUUUCAGGAACCAAAAUAUGUUUUCAGUGCCGCCUGAGCAGUAGCAGUGAACAUCGUUAUAAUGAAUAGUUGUCACUUGUCUUUGCUUCCCCCACUGCCCUGCUCAGAGUUGGGAAGAAUAUUCCUAUGUUAUGAAUGGUCCGUGUCUCCAUUAAGAAAAAGAGGUCGGAAUAGGCCAAUAGAUUUGUGGGCUGUCGCUGGAUAAAAGUGACUUUGCUUUUAUACAUUCUCAAAGCUCAGUCAGUCCAUCCUUUGAAAAAUAAAACUUGAGAGCUGUCUUGCCCCAAAAUGGCAACUAGACAUUCCAUUUUGGCAACUGCAGUCUUGGUUUGAGGAGCCAUUUGGCUCCUAGCUUAUAUGCCUGAAUUUCUAAUGCUGAAGCCAUAUUAGAAACAGCUUCUGAAAGAAGGCAGUCCCCCUAGCUCUGCAGUAGAACACCUGCUUUGCAUGUAGAAGGUCUCAGGUCCUCUGGGGUUGGGGGAAGACCCCUCUUGACCUGAACACCUCAAGAGCCCACCAUCAGUCAGAGUAGACCACAGGGGUGGGGGCCUCAGGUUCAAGGGCCCUGCUUUGUUUGCCUGGCUGGGGUAUGUCCUUGAACUCUGCAGCAGCAUGGUGUAGUGAUUAGGGUGUUGGGCUAGUACCAGGGUUCAAGUCCCUGCUUGGCCAGGAAAUUCACUGGGUGACCUUGCUCCAGUCGCUAUCUCUCAGACUAACCUACCUCACAGGGUUGUUGUUUGAAUUAUAAAUGCUGAGGGGGGGGAGUAUGUACACCAGCUUGAGCUCCCUGCAGGAAAAGGUGGGAUGUAAAGGCAAUUAAUAAUAAUGUCUUCGUUUGAAUAGAGCAGGGUUUCCCAAACUUGGGUCUCUAGCUGUUUUUGGACUACAACUCCCAUCAUCCCUAGCUAGCAGGACCAAUGGUCAAGGAUGAUGGGAAUUGUAGUCUAAAAACAGCAGGACGCUCAAGUUUGGGGAACCCUGGAAUACAGGAUAGAGAGGGGGGUGGAAACCCUCAAAAGGGAAUGUGGCCUUUGGACUGGGAAGCCUGGAGCAAACUAAGGUUGGGGAACCUCCGGAUGGUGCGGGGAUCACAAGUUCCAUCAUCGUCCCUGAUCGUUGGUCAUGCCGCCUAGGGGGGCUGACAAGAGUCAAUGUCCCAGCAAUUCCCGCAAGGCCUCAGGCAUUCCCAAAUCCUGCUCUGAACAACCCCACCCGUCCACCUGGGUUGAGAAGAGCUCUGCAGCUCACGCUUUUUAUUUCAGCAGGGUGCUCGUAUCUCUGCAUCAGAGUGUUCAUUGGGCUGCUUUUGUUUUUAUUUUGAUUGUGUAUUUUGUGUUUUUAUAUUGUGAUAUUUUUUAAAAAAAUGAUAUUUAUUAAAAUUUCAAAGAAUACAAGAAUUACACAAAAACAAAAAAUAAAAAUACAAGAAAAUACAGCAAAAAGAGUAAAAAAAACCCUUAUUAAGGUAUAACAAAGAAAUGAAAAAUAAAAAGAAACAUACAAAAUAAAAACAGUUAAAAACACAUUAAUUUUCCAUAGCAUAUCUUCCUUACACUUAUUUCCCCGGACCUCCUCAUACCUCCCUUUUUUGUAUUCCAGUUCAGUUUGUUAGUUCAGCAAAUCCUUACCAUUAAGCUUUUACCCAUUUAUAAACCUUUUUUCGUAUCUCUUAAAGCAUUACAACUGGAAAUCACUUAGUUUCUAUCCAACAUCCUUCGAAGAUUCAUUAAUUUUACAAUAUUUCUGUAAAUAGUCUUUAAAUUUCUUCCAGUCUUCUUUCACCGACUCUUCUCCCUGGUCUCGGAUUCUGCCAGUCAUUUCUGCCAAUUCCAUGUAGUCAAUCACCUUCAUCUGCCAUUCUUCCAGAGUGGGUAGAUCUUGUGUCUUCUUUAUAUUGUGAUUUUAUGUUGUAGCCACCCUGAGACUGGUGGGUAUAGGGCGGGAUACAAAACAAACAGGGAACAUGUUCAGUUCUUCCACCCCUUCUUUUUUAAAAAAGCCAGUGGCUAUCAGCCACAAUGGCUAUCUUCUCCCUCCACUGUCAUGGUCAGUAAAUACUUAUGAAUGCCGUUGCAGGGAGAGUUGGUUGCUCUGGUCCUCCUUGUGGGCAUCUGGCUGGCCGCUGUGAGGACAGGAUGCUGGACUGGAUGGGCCCCCUUUGGCCAAAUCCAGCAGGGACCAGGUUAUGUUUUUAAGGUCUACAAACCUCUUGUAUAAAUAUCUGCCUGCCCCACCAGUAAGCCAGUACACCUUUUUCUCUUUUUCCUUCUCCCUAGGUUUCUUGUAGUCGGGAUCUCCCUCCCCAAAACAACCUUCGGAAGGACUGA